CUUGUCAAUGUAUAUGUGAGGGUGGAAUUAUCAGCAGAGCCUUCGCCAUCUGUUUCUUUUGCAGCCAUGUUGAGCUGUUUCUACGGGUUGUGGGAGGAGAGAAAAUUUAGAAGAGGGGAGAGAGAGAUGGAGGAUGGGGUGGGAGACAUCAGCCACAGCACAAAACAAGGGACAAUAACACUGAGGAAGACAGAGGGGGCUUUCAAAUAAAAAUCUUAGAGGGAACCAGAAGCUGCCUUGUGUCCAGCCAGCAUCCUCCAGAACAGUGUGGCCCUAUACUGACAUCUAGGCUCUGCUCUCACUGGUAGGUGACAAGUUUCAGGCUGCUAUUGGGUGACGAUGAUUUUGUGGUCCUGCUGCUCUCUUUUGGAAAUCGGAUCUCCCACACACCCUUUGAUUUCAUUCAUCUUUUUCUGUUCUAUGGCUAGGAUUACAGAAACUGGGCUGGGUGACAUCAGAUGUCAUAAGAGGGUGGGGGGCUUCCUCUGCCCACUUCCAUGUUCAUCAUCUCGUUCUACCCACCGCCUACUCCACAAUACUCAGUCCACUUCUCAAGGUCUGUAAAUACGAGCCAGUAUGACUGUAUAGUGGCCAUGUUUGUAUUGCAUUCUCUGUGCUACAUUGUAUUUCUGUAGAAGCAUGGAAUCAGCGCAUAGUUCCAUCACCUGCUAUCAGCUGCGCAACAUUCUAUUUAUGCUAUAGCUCACCCAGUGUGAGCACUUAUUUGUAAAUCAUGCGAUCAUUUUUCUCUGCUCAACAUUUUAACCCUUUGAGAACCAUCGCUAAGGAUUUGCUCACUGUACUUUCACUCAUUAGGUUAAUUAAGGCAAUGUGCUUCUCAUAGCACACCAUGCUGUAAGGGGUUAAAUACUAGCCCUCAGCAGUGUGUUUAAGCAGGCCUGGCAGCGGAUUCUCCCCUACCCCUCCUUAGCAAGGCUCAUUAUUGAGCAUUAUUCUGCGUGUACGCGAUGGGCUGUGCAGGCAGCAGGUGCUCAGACAGGAAGGGACGGGCUUAGCUCUGUAGAACUCACUGAUUCCUCUCCCUGCUGCUGCUGCUACUGCUACUGCAACUGCACAUCAAGAACCAACAGCUGCAACCCUGGGGUCUGGCUGCCUGCAACGUUAUUAUUUUUUAUAUUAUUAUAUCCAGAUCCAGACACAUGCUGCCCCUUCCUUUACAGCAGGCAGAUCACAACAUCACAGACACUGACUGGAUAGGUAAGCCAACAUGGUGAUAUUGCUCUGUCUAUUCCAUGGAAAUGGAUGCCCAUGCAGAUCAUAUAUAUGUGUAUACACAGCCACACACAAUAUACAUAUAUUAAUAUGCAAGCCCGGGCUUAUUUAACAAAUAAUGGAUAUUCUUUAAACAAGGGUGGAGUAGAAAAGGCUAUUUUAAUGGUCUUCAGUCAUUAAAUGAUUUGUAUCCCCCACUAAGCUUGUUGCAUUUCACCUAGUUCCAUCUUGGUUCUAUGGCAACCGAAUACGAUGAGUGGGGUCUAUGAAGGUCAUAACUCGUAUUUAUUUGCCCCUGGGGUGAUGCAUUUCAAAGCCUUACUUCUACACGAUUGAGGGUAAACGGUGUUAUUGAUGGGAGUCUUGCGAAUUGAUCCAGUAAUUAUAUUACCGAUUUUUACAAACAAAUGUGUUGGUUAUUAUAGAUUAUAUCCUCACAGAAAUCCUCAAAUAAGAGUUGAAUACAAUCUACGAGAUAACAUCAAAACAUGGAAAAGUGGAUUGAUAUGGUGGGUGUACAGUGAGGCAUAUAAAAUGUUAUAGAAGACUGUUAUAUAUUUGUAUAAAUGCAUUAUAUUUCGUUUUUUUUGCUGAAAUGAUACCUAUUAUUCAUGUAGGGAAAAAACAGCCAGUGUGUGGUUUUAAUUAAUUGUGAUACACUAAUUUAGGAGGAAUGGUUUUGCUCUCGUAGUUAGUGAUGAGCUGUAAUAUGCAGGGGAAUGGCCUAGUGCUGCAAUGUGAUGACUUGUGAUGAGCUGAAAAAUACACAAUAAGUUCUGGUGCUGCAUUUCUUGUUAUGAGAUGUUUGUUUCUGCACCACAGUGAUGCCCUGAGAUAUGUAUGAGAGUACUGCUUUUGCACCCCAUGUUUUUAGCUGAAGUAUUCAAGAAAGAGACCAUUUAUUUCUCCCUAUUUAAGCUGUAUAGAGGCCAGGCCCUGCUCCUCAUUUAAGCUGUAUAGAAGCCUGGUACUGCUCCCCAUUUAAGCUGUAUAGAGACCUGGUACUGUUUCCCAUUUAAGCUGUAUAUUGGCCUGGUACUGAACCCCAUUUAAGCUGUAUGGAGACCUGGUAUUGAUCCCCAUUUAAGCUGUAUAUUGGCCUGGUACUGAACCCCAUUUAAGCUGUAUGGAGACCUGGUACUGAUCCCCAUUUAAGCUGUAUAGAGACCUGGUACUGCUCCCCAUUUAAGCUGCAUAUUGGGCUGGUACUGAUCCCCAUUUAAGCUGUAUGGAGACCUGGUACUGAUCCCCAUUUAAGCUUUUUAGAGACCUGGUACUGCUCCCCAUUUAAGUUGUAUAGAGACCUGGUACUGUUUACCAAUUAAGCUGUGUAGAGACCUGGUACUGCUCCCCAUUUAAGCUUUAUAGAGACUUAGUACUGCUCCCCAAUUAAGCUGUAUAGAUGGCUAUGUGCUAUCUGUUGAAAAGCAAAAUACAAUAUAUGUUCUUGCGCUGUAUUUGUGAUGAGUUAAGGUAUGCAGUUAAAGUGCUGGUGCUCACCUCCCUGCUGUGUACUGUGAUAUGCCAAAAAGGGCAGGGUGUUGCACUUUUUAUGAAAUAAUGUAUGCUGGAGAGAUGCAUAUUGUAGCACAGUGAGAAAAUUAGAGAAAUAAAUUAGUUUUCUGUUAUGUAUUUUUUUUUAAAUCAGAGUAGCAUGAGGAAGGUGUGAUGCUGCACUUCAUGUGAUGAAAUGAGCUGUGCAGAGGCUUCAGGCCUAGGCCUAGGCCUGGAUUUUACUUCAUCACUGGGGUAAAAACAACUUAUUGCCAGAUGCUUACCUAUUUUAUAGCUGAAAUUAACCACCCUGCAAUGUACUUCCCUAGAAACAUACAAGAAAAAAAAAAAUAGAAAUCUGUUCAUGGUCUAACACCAAUUAACACCUAGUCUUGCAUCUUUUAAGAAGUUCCUUAAAAUCCAUCUCUUUAGGAAAGCUUAUGGCCUCCCAGAGUAACCUCUACCUCACAUACCUGACUCUUGCGCUCUCUUAAAGGGCAGCACUUUACUCUCUCCUCCAGCUCUGCUUCACUCCCACCUUAUUUGAUUGUGAAUCCCUGUCCUAUUGUGUUUUAUACCCCACUUCCUAGAGACUGUAAGCUUGUUUGAGCAGGGCCAUCUUUAACCUAUUGUUCCUGUAAGUUUUCUUGUAAUUGUCCAAUUUAUAGUGAAAUCCCCCCUCUCAUUUAUUGUAAAGCGCUACGGAAUCUGUUGGCGCUAUAUAAAUGGCAAUAAUAAUAAUAAUAAACUAACAAGUAUAUAUUGUGAACGAAUAUAUGUCACCACUUUAUGAUUAAACCUGCCCUCAAUUCCCUAGCAGUCAUGAAAAAACACUCCAAGCAACCUCACUUAUUUUAGGUUCAAUGUGCACUUUAGGCUACAGUUGUGGUGGAUAUUUUGUAUUCUUUUUGCAAGUUUUGAUAAGCCCACCCAAUUCUGCUUUUCCCUGAAAACUUGUAAUGUGAUUUUACUCUAAUAAAACUGCUGUACAUGACAUCAUGAUAUUGGGUUCUGGUAGUUGUAGUUCAGCAUUUAAGGUUUGAAGUAGAAUGUGGACAACUGAACUACAGUGUCCAAGAUAUCCGUACUGUGCCCAUACACUACUAAUUGGAUAACCUCAGCAAUGCUAUAUACUAGAUAGUUUAAUGAGUAUAUGUUUGGCUGAGUAAUGUCCUGCUCUGAAAAGAACGGCAAAGCCGGAAUAUGUGGAGCAAAUGUAAGAACUUCAAAUGUUGGGCUAUAUUUUAUUAUAAUUUAAUGUUUUACAAAUUUUUUGUAAAUGAUCUAAUCAAUUAAAAAAGCAUGGGCUGACUUCAACAGAAGUGCCCCUUUAACCCCUUAAGGACACAUCACAUGUGUGACAUGUCAUGAUUCCCUUUUAUUCCAGAAGUUUGGUCCUUAAGGGGUUAAAGUGGCACAGUCACUUUAUAUCGUUUGAUUUUCCAUUUCUCAUGCCCCUUGUAUUUUAAAGAUCAUACUCCACACUUGUCCACUUGCUUUUGUUUAUAUUUAUUAUCUUUUCUUCCUUGUGAUGGAUCUCAAUAUCUGAGUGCUGCCAUUUUAUUCUCCUCUGUCCAUGAUGUUUGAGGUUUACCCUUCUUUUGGUUUAUUUUGACCAACAGACUGUAGGAAAAUUAGCUUAGCAACUGAAAUGUAAAGUAAAAUGAGAAAAUCUCAUCCCUACCUUUAGUAUAUGACAGGAUCCUUCAGCCAUAUAAAUACACCUUGGGUCAAACAGUGUUUGAAAAUCAGUAGAUAGUCUCUAUGAUCUUCCCUGCUUCACUCCAUGCACAGUGCAGUGACAUCAUCAGACUGACUACCUGUCAAAUUUAAACACAUUCAUCAUGGCUGGAUGAGAAGUCUAGAAACCCAAGUACUGGUGGCUCUACCAGACAGAAUAUUAGUAUCUCGGCUAUCCAUUGAUGCUUGUCUGUCCAUAUGAUAGGCUUCUCCAAAGACACUCCUUUACUCUUUACUUUAGUGUGUCUGGCUGUAAUAUUCUUCCAACUUUAUUUGUCUAUCUCAGUUGUCCCUUUCAGCAAGUCACAAAGCAAACCAGUAUUUCUUGAGAAAUCUUUGAUGUAUUGUUGGUAGUAUCUUAAUAGACCGAGAGUUGUUCAUAACUAUCCAACAGUGCAUGGAUGUUUUUCUAUCAUAGCUCUUACUGCAACCAUAUCAGCAGGAUCCAUCUUACUUCCUUCGGGGGAGACAAUCCUUCCCAGGUAACACACUUCACAUUUAAACAUCUCACACUUAUUGGGUUUUAAUUUGGUUACCAUACCUUCUUAAAUGUUGCAACACCUUUCUUACAUCAUUGACGUGGUCUCCAAAGGACUUACUAAACACUAAUGUAUCACCGAGGUAUGGGAUGCAAACAUUAUUUUUGAGAUCUUCCAGGCACUCUUCCAUGCAAAGUUGAAAGUCUGCAGUUGCAUCAAUCAACCCAGAGGGAACAAAUCCAUUUGUAUGACCCUCAUGGCAUUACAUAGGUUGUCAAAUGUCUACUCUCUACUCUCUUUGAAACCCUGAUGAUAUGCUUUUCCCUGAUCGAGUAAAGAUAACCAAGAGUUUUCUCCAAGACUGUUCAUAAUAACUUGUACAAGAGGAAUGGGCCGCCAAUCUGUUCCUGUUCAGUUCCCUGUAGUCAGUGCACAAACGUAAGCUACCAUCCUUUAUACGAACAUAUACCAUGGCUGAGGUAUAAGGUGAGUUUGACUUUUGCACCCAUCUUUGUGCAAUGAGAUCAUGCAGUUAAUCCUUAUUUCCUUGUAAAGGGUUAGUGUCUUUCAGUGAAACAGACAACUGCAUUUAUCUAUACAACUAAUGUCAUCAUCAGGUUUGGAGAAUGAAGUGGUUUCCUCUUCCAGCAUUCGUUAUACAGUUUGUUUUUCAGACUCACAUAUGCCUUGUUUCCACUAAGCGGUAUGGUUCAGGUCAGUACGGUUCGGAAGGGUUAGAAUGAUGCAGCCUAUUCAGGUGAGCAUUUCCACUGCAAGUCGGACCGCCGGGGGCAUGCGGGGUUUAGACCAAACGCCUAGCAUGUCAUUUGUCAUGAGCAUUGACAUUUUCCUGUCCGCCAAUCAAUGGAUUGUAUAGUGUGACGCCGGUAGUUCCGCCCUAACCGUACCAUACCAUUUCCUAUAGACCUACAUUUGAAGGGGGCCCAGGAAUGGUGUGGUUUGGUUCAGUUGUAUGGGCCACUUUCACAAUGGAAACACUCAAAAUAGCGUACCAGACUGUACCGUCCCGAACUGUACCGCUCAGUGGAAACGGGUCAUAAGAUGGCUCAAUUUCACUUCAAUUUUAAUAAAAUAUAGCCCAACAUUUGAAGUUCACUGGUGGAUUCCAAACUGUGUCUGAAGCUUGAUUGAUUUCAUUUGUAACUUGAGGGAACUUUACAGAUAUUAAGCAUGGUUCCUCAAAAAGUGUAGUUGGAGACACAGCAUCUAUUGGGUGCACUGUGCUUAUGACCGUCUUCCGUCUUGCUUGUAAUAUUACAAUCAUGGGGAAAAAAGAAAGAAAGUACACCAUACAAAUGCAGUACAUGUAGGUUUGUGUGGUUUAAUUGUUUUAGGUGACGCAGAAUUUACGUAAGUGUUUAAAUACUGUGUGCACUAGUUUUUGGUUUACCAGUGGCCUGCAUGGCAUUCUUUUGAGCAAUACAGUGUUUGCUGUCACGUUGCAACUAGAGGUCAACAUUUCUGCUGCCACAAUAUACACAGCUUUGAGGGGACAUUUUUUGGGAAACUAGUGACUUCCUGUCCCAUGGUUGUGACCCCAUUUUGUUUCAAGGGCUGUCUCUGUAUGUUGUUGCCACUCGCUUUCUACUGCCAACUACGAAAUGAUAACCGCUGCCACAUCUAUAACAAUGAGUACAGUACACAUCCAAGCCACUUUGCUGGGAUCCGAGGCAUUUCCUUACACUAUUUAAAGAAGGAUGAUAGCAUUGUGCUGUUAGCCAUUGCUGCCAUUGAACUGUCUCCGCUCUUUUGUCAGAGGACCGCCAAUAACUUUGAAUUUCACAUGUUUGACUCGCAAGUCACAAUAUUGAGUCCUCUUUUCACACUAUAUCAUUUAUGCAUAUUAAUCCCCUACUCCCAAAAAUUCCUCAGUCAACAUCAGACAUGAAAAUGUCAAGAGUGUAAGAGAGUGGUUAGAUUGGUAGCCCUGUGGUGCUUACCAAUGUUUAAAUGGGGCAGGGUGUAUGUGGGGUAGGGCAGAUGUUCUUGGUUUGGAGGGCAUAUCGGUUAUAUGGUGAGAAAAAAAAUUGGGUAUGUCCAAUAGGUAUGUCUAGGUCUAAGUCGGAGUAGUGUGGCAGGACCUCUGGUCUCCCGAUGUCUGUCAUUUAGGUCGUCACAUCCAAACAGGAAACAUUCCAGCCAUGGAGUCCAGGUGAGGAUACACUUGUCAGAGUGGCCUUUGAGGGCUGCAGUCAUUGAUUCCAUACUAUAUAACUCCUCUACUCUGGAGACCCAUUGCUGGAGGGUUGGCAUCCCCGAUAGUUUCCACUUAGUGGGAUUUAGGGUUUUAGCAACAUCCAGUAGGUGUUUAGUCAGGGAUUUCUUAUAUGUGGAUUACUUGUGUGGGUUGUUAAAAAAUAUAUAUUUUACCCUUGGUUCAUCCUGGUUUUUGGCUUUUUCUGUCUCUACUUUUAUUUAGGGAUUUAGGGUGUGCAGACAUUCUAUUUUUUGUUCAGUUAUUUAGAGCUGAUCCACUUUUUGUUUUUGUUUAAACAGGUUUUUUUACUUAAAUCUAGGCAACGGACAAAAAAGCUUUGUGGGGUCUUUUUGCUGCUAGCUUUAAUGCAAGCAUAGUCCUUCAGUAGAGAGUGGUCUGCCUUGCAUUGCAGUGAAAGAUGCAGAAGGGACAUGCCAAUGGUUUUGAUACUAUAGUCAAGCCCCUGCUCACAAACGACACAAUGUCACAUUAUUUGUAUUAGUGCAUGUUUAGUCCAAUCCCAAAAGACCCUUUUUGUUUAACUGGUUGUAUAAGGUAUAACUUUCCUUGGUGCAGCAAGCCUAAGUCUUCUUACAUUCUUUAGCAGACUGGUAGAAAAGCACAGAUUUAUAAAUGCAUACAUGGAGUAAGCAUAUAUCGCUGAAGCAGUGUGUUUUACAAAUAGUUUUAUGACUCAAAAUAUCAAAUGUUGUUUAGAAGCGAAGUUCUACAUGUAAUGAAAUCCUCUAUUCAGAAUGAGCUAGGAUAAAAAUUAAAGUGUUACUCUAAACAUUUUAAUAAUUUUUGAAAAACCUAAUUUUUUACUUUACAAUGCCCUGGUGGGCAUUAUUCAUUAUGUCCCUUACUCAUAAAAAAGCAUUUCACAGGACUGGUUCACUGGCUCAGGGCUCUGUGUGCACUCUCAGCCUGGUAAAGAGGGAGAGAAAGAUGGGGUGGACGGAGAGGAGUUAAAAGAAAAAAAAAUCUAAUAAUUUUCACUUGCGAAAGGAUACACUGAAGCAUCCUAUUGCAUGUGCACUGCCUACAAGGGAGAGCUCAUAACAUCUGUUACCAGCACGCUGUAUGCUCUGACAUCAUUUUUGCACAGAAUUGACUUUAGAUAAUCCAGAACGGAGUUCCAGACUGCCUAACACACAAAUAGUCCCAAGUGCAAAAGUGCAAAUUUCUCUGGAUUUGCAACAUUUCAAGUAAAAACACCACACCACCAUGACCAAUUCUAAAAGCAGAAGUGGUCAUAGGGGGUUGGAGUAAGUUACCCUUUAUUAAUAUUUCAUUUAGGGUUAAGCAGUUGUCUGCAUAUUUAACACUUAUCAUGGAAUGUAUUGUGAACAUUAAAAAUAUACAAACGAACAUCCAAACAGGAUAAACCAUUAGAAAAAAAAACUAUUAACUUAUAUUAGCGUUUUUCUUUUUAAACACUGCCUUUUUUUUUAGAGAAAAGGCAGUGUUUACAUUGAUGCCUAGUCAUACUUCUUGUUGCAGUCACUCAGACAGCCACUAGAAGUGCUUCAUAUCUCAGCGCUGCACAAUGUGAAGCACCUACAUUCAGCAUCUCCACAUUUUGCAUAGAGAUGCUGAACGUUCCCUAUAGAGAUGCAUUGAUUCAGUGCAUCUCUAUGUAGAGAUGCUGAUUGGCACAGCGUAGCAUUUUGCUGUGCAUACUCAAUAGCCUCCCAAUGCAUUCCUAUGGAAAAACAUUGGAUUGGCUAAAAUAAUCAAGAUUGAAGACACAUUUUCAGUGUGAUUGGUCAAGAAAACAGAAACUUCAGGACUAUUGUGUGAGGAAUACAUGUUUGUAAAGUGUGCCUUUUGAUCUUUCUUAAUUUUCUGAUUAACUGUGGACAGCCUGUGAACAUCUCGCAUUCAACAGAAUUCAGUUAAUCCAUAUUGCUCUUUAGAAAAUUAUUAUUAUUUUUUUAACACUAAUUCAUAGCAUAUACUGACAAUAACGCCUCACAGAAGCAGAAAUCAAGCACAAAUAGGCCAUAGGAAGCAUAUUGAGCAAAUGCAGAAUCCAUCUGGGAAAAAGUCUUGGGAUAAUCCCAGAUGGUAGAAUAAUGGUGAAAAAUAAAUGCAGAAUUAAACAAAACAAAAGAAGUCCCUUUUAGAAAUAUUUUAGAACUCUUUAAUAGAUAUGAACAGAUUACAGAUUAAAAAUAAAAGACAAUCCCCAGAGAUUAUUUUAGAUAUAUCCAGAUAUGAUGCAUCUCCAUCUUGUAUUAGCAUUUAUGCUCCUCAGGGCAAUUGGACUCAUCUCCCUGUGGGAGAUAUAUUUUGAAGAAUCCCUGAACGGUGAGGUAUGGGAAGAAAUGUGGGUAGUAGCUGCAAAUUUCUUGAUUUUUGAUUUUGAAGGAGCAGCGCUACAAGUGCUGAUAAAGUGAUAUCUUACCCCAGUAACAUUGGCUCACAUGUGUGCGAGCAGCACAGAUAUUUUCUGGAGAAACUGUGGGAUUAGAAGCAUAUUUGUUUCCAUCAUGUGUGGUGAAGAUGCCUUAAAGCUAAACAUUUUUGUAACAUAUGCAAAACAUCUGAAGUGAUAUUCUGGAUAAUCCAGUAGACUUGCCUCUAUGGACAUACUUGCUGUUGAAACCAGUGAAAGGGUACCCUUUUCAUGACAACAAAUUUAUAACUAAAUUCACCCUGACUGCUCGGAAGCUUGUUGGUGGAUACAAGAGCUUCCUAACUUCCCAAGCUGAGAGAUACAUGUCUGACAGAGAUAGGGGCGCUAGUACAUCUUUUAAAACGGUUUGUUCACCCUGGUUAAACUAUAACCUUGGUUAUCAUUUUCAGUGAGGAUUUCUUAUCUGUGGGGAGUUAGCUUUGCGAAUAGGUGGGGGACUAGGAGAGUUGCCCCUAAUGUCUAUUCAUUUCUUCCUUCCAGUAGGGUGAUUGCCCUACUUUUAGAACAGCACACUUUGAUAAGGCUCUCCCAUAGUGACAAAAUUAACUUUAACUGUUGUUACUUAUCAAAGAAACUGAUGUGAUUUUUUUCCCCACUAAAUACUUAGGAACUUUGUUACAAAAUAACAAGUAGUAAUCUCCACCUAUAUUCAUAUCACUAAAGUCAGUGGUCAAAAGGGUAAUUCUGACAGUAAUGAAAAGGUCCAUUGCCUACAAGAAUACAUCUGUUUACAAAUUGAAACAAAGGAAAGCUGAGUGUUCAAUGGAGAAUGCACAAUAUAUCAGCAAAAUGCUGACACACUGAAAGGUUUCAACUGCUUUUUGGUAUUUUUUUUGUCAGUUAUUUGUUUGUUUGUUUUUGUCUUUUUCCUUGUUUUAAUUAUUAUCCAUAUAAUGCAUUAAAAUGUGGUGUCAGUUGUAGCUUAGUAUGUUCCUAUAGGGCACAGGGCAGACGUUUCUGCAAUGUUUUCUGCAAUGUUUAGCCAGCCUAUAAAAAAAAAAAAAAUAGUCAUAACAAAGCAUUUGAAGGGCACCAGAGCUUAUUGGAAAAUCCAUGCACAAAAAUCUAUCCACAAACUAUGGAUAGCCAUAAUGUUUACCAUAACAACUGCUACAGCUCAUUUAAAAGGUUAUGCUGCUAUGUGUUUAUAAGCAUCUUUAUUUUUUGACAAAAAUAGGGUUCUUCCAGCACCCAGGGCCUGUUCCCUCUUCAGCCUCUCUGAUAAUAGAUAUAUAGGGAUAGAUAUACUGCAGUGUUAGAAAUACAGGCUUGUAUUCCUAAUGCUAUAGUGUUCCUUUAAAUUCAUCUUCCACCCUACCAAAUAUUCAAAAGAAAUUAUGAAGUUUGUAGCUCAGUAGUAGUGUAGUUGCAUCUCUGAGAAUCAUUUGGGGAUCUCUGUAAAUUUACCACUUUUUAAAUUUGCUCUGGGUUUAACCCAGCUCUCUCAUCAAUGUUAUCUAGGUUGGACGAAAUUCUUCAUAAUCAAUGUGGCUAAGAUGGUGGCGGUCCCUGGCUUCCAGCAAGACUGCUGGUUUAUAUAAAAAAUUCAGAAAUUGGUUUAUGUUAAAUCAGAGUAUAGCACCAGGACACUCUAUGUAACAUAAUCAGUGCAGUAGUUAUUAUGUCUCUAAGAGUGCCCCUUUAAUAGUACCUCUUAUUGCUGUAAAUAUUUAACCAGUACAGAGUCCAAUAAACACAAGUGUUUUUCUCAAUAUUAAAAGAAUACUUUACUGUUUUAUGUUUUUCAGAUUAAUCAAUGGUUCUGCAGUUUUGAAGAUCUCUUCCCUGGGCCAUUUGUGUCAGUUAUUUUUUUUCAGGUAAAUUUCAAACAGCUUAAAUUUUUUAGAAUUGUUAAAUUGACAUAUCAAUGCAAAAAAAAAAAAUGUUAGUACUUUAUGUGAAAUAGCUGUGACAAAUGCUUUUGUCAAAGGUAUAGCCAUAGCAACAUACCAUAAAGGAUUUGAAAGUGUGGGUGGCUCGUACAAAAACGCAAAUUACUUAGUUACCAGGAACAUUUCAUCUGAGUGCCAGAGCAGAGAGCAAAGCAAUGUAUUGUUCUACAACGCCUCUGGUAUUUGAGGCUUCUCAAAUUAGUGUUACUUACAUAGUUACAUAGCUAAUAAGAGACAUGCGUCCAUCAAGUUCUGCCUUUUUCAUGUAAUUAGUAUAUUUUAGUAUGUUCAGAGACCUAGUGACAGAGUUUUGUUCAAAAUAAGUUAUUUCCAGCUGAGCAGGAUGUGUGCGUGGAUGUAUCAGUAAGUUUGACCUUUUUUUUCAGUGAUGUUAUAAAUAAAUAUUUGAAGUUGUGCAGAAUGGGUCAGUAUAUAAAUGUCUGCCAGGUUAAAUAAACACUUCAAGCAGCCUGCUGUAGUGGUUAUGGUGCAAGGAGUGCCUGAUGCCCUCCGAGAAUAAGUAGUCAAAUAAUUUAUGAACAGUUUGACAAAAGGGUCUGCUGGUAACCCACCUUUUGUGGGCUAGAUGCUCCUGCUGGGCUUAGCUCUGUGCUCCAGCUUUUAGACUACAGAGGAGAUUGGAUCCUAGCAGACCUCAGGUAAGUUUUUUAAAAAUUCACAAAUGCUUUGACUAUUUGGAGAGCUCCAGGGUACACAUACCUUGCACCAUGACCACAACAGCAGGCUGUAUAGGUUAGGUGGUGCUUAGUGUGUUCCUUAAACUAAGGACCAAUGAAGAAAUCAUUUAAUCAUAACAAUCUAAUUCAGGCUUCCCCAAACUCCGGCCCUCCAGAUGUUGCUGAACUACAACUCCAAUGAUUCUAUGAAUGAAAUAGAUAGGCUGAGAAUCGUGGGAGCUUUAGUUCAGCAACAUCUGGAGGGCCGGAGUUUGGGGAAGCCUGAUCUAAUGUAUACACAUCCCGUAUUUGAAGGGAAUGUUCUAUUCAUUUCGUGACAGCAGAGCUAUAUAAAGCUGAAAUACGCAGAAUAUUUGUUAUGGCACAGGGGAUUUAAGGGCCAGAUUGGCGUGAUGGUUUUAAAUGUCAUUGGCUCAUAAGAUGCUAAUACUUUCUAGUGAUGUGGAUGUUUUGACUAGAAGAUCAUUCCAGCCGUGUUUCACUUAAUCUACUAAAUAUUGAUCAGCGUUAAUAAGAAGCAAUCAUCACUUUAAUCUAGAAAGACUAUUUCUUCAUAUAGUCCACUGAGUCAAAUGGGCUAGAGAAAAUACCACAAAGUGGCGAUUAAAGGGUUAUGCUAAGAAUUUUUUUUUUUUUUAUUAUUCCUUCAGUGCACUGUUUAGUACACUGUGUAGGUCGUCCUCUCCCAUAAUAGGUAUCCCAUAAAAUCCUUUACUAUAACCACUACAAAAAGUUGAAAAACAAAAGUGUUGGUCUGUGCAGGAUUUCUGUGCAGCAUGGGUGAACUCAACUGGGCUAUGUGUAAACUGUGAAGGUAGCUGCAGUAUAGCUGAUGAGUGGAACUGCUCUUUGGGAUGAAUAUUACCUAUAAACUGCAGUUGUGCAGAGUUGAAGGGAUACAGGGGUAUGGGAGGAUUGUACUGCAGCUAUGCUAAACACUGCACUCUGGGAAACUUUAAAGAAGAUAUGCAUGUUUCUUAGUUUGUAAUUCUCUUUUUUUUUUUUUAAAGGAAAACUCCAAGCACCAUAACUAUUGCAAAUUGAUGCAAUGGUUAUGGUGCCAGGAGCACCUUGGUGCCAUCACAGUGUUAUUUUUUUCCAACCGUUUUUUAUAAUGGUUUCAUAGCUGAUGUUUUCAUCCAGUAAGAUACAGCUGAUAAUUUCAGCCAAUAAGAGUCGUCCGGCGUGACCCUCCUGUAGAGGAAUCUGAAUAGCUCCUAUAUAACAGAUGAGGAGGUUGGAUGGCAUUUCUUCUAGUUUUAACAAAUUUACUAACUGAACCCAAUAGCCAGGGCUGCAAAAUGUUCUACCAUUGUGCUUAAUUUUACUACAAUACAAGUUUAUAGCCACUUAGUUCAUUGCAUAAGGAGUGAAACGCAGCUAGACGUCAAUUGUUUAAAGGUAGAAACACAAAAUACUAUAUUUAAAACAAGAGUCAAAAAAGUGGAUUUUGAAGUGCUUUGUUAGUCUGCAGGCUGGGAGGGAAAUAUAUCAAAGCAAAACAAGUGAUGUUUUGGGUGCAAAGUGUAUGAUUGUGAGGCAUUCCACUGGUUUUCAUAAUUCUCUGUAUUUAGAAUAUUGUCCCAGAAUAGCACCGGCUUUUGCUUUGAUAAAUCUCCCCCAAUGUCUGUGAGAGAGGUGAUAAUUAGGCACAUAUAGGGUGAUUCUCUAAAGAGAGGAUUCAAAGAAGAAACAAAAUGAAUUUCAAAUAUAAGGCCAAAGGAGCUGAACUCGAAGCAUAGCUGAAUUAGUGAAAUUCACUUAUAAUCCUCACUUUUGUGAACAAUCCUAGCAGUGGGGUAUGUUUGAAAAUCAGUUCUGGGACAUGUUUCUCAAAAUGUGUGGGAUCACCAUGGAAACCAAUGGAAUAUUUGUGCAGCACAUCAAAUACCUCAGUUUUGUUUUUUAUGCUACUACAGUCCUUUAAUAUGUUACAGGAGAGGGAUUAUAUAUGCCAAAAUUCUAAUAUCUUAGCAGAGUCGACAAGGAUAUGCUCUCACAGUUGAAAUGGAUACCCAUGUUUAAAAAUAGGUUAAAGGGUUACUCCAAGCACCACCACUUCACUUCAGUGUUUUGAAGUGGUCAUGGUGCAUGGAAUCAGUAUGCACAGCGUUUCGGUAUGACACGCAGCACCUACUGAGAUAUCAAUUGAUGCUGCUGGAAGUGUAAUUCCGCCCCCAGAACCAUCAAUAGUAUAUCAUUAACCAAUGAGCUACCGGCAGGAUUGGCAUCUGACUUCUGCAACUCUGCAAAAGCUGGAUGUCAUAAACCUGUUGCAGAGGAGACAGUGUUUGUCGUGACCCAGGUAAGACGGCAGAUUUUUGCAAAAUGGUUUCCCCCAUUACCUAGGAACUGUGCCAGGGAAUGGGACAUUCAGGAGAUACAGUGCUAUAUUUCUUUCUGAACUCAGCCAAUAUCACCCCAGCUGAGGGUAAAUGCAUGUAAUAAAACAAGUAAGGCAUUCUUAUUUUAGAGAACCUCUUCGAACUUAAAUAUACUUUUAAUGUAGUAUAUUAAAGUAAAAUAAUUAGACUUGUAAUGCAUUUUUCAAGUGUUAUGUUAACAAAGAAGGCGAUAAAUGCAGGACACAACAGUAAAGUUGCAAUGCAUUAUAUAAAGAGCAUAAGGAGUGGUAACAAAAUUUGCAUGAAGGAUACAUUUAUGAAUUGUAAAUCAAACUAGAAAACUGGAUACAAUCUUUAUCCCAAAAAAUACCCAAUGAAGUGUCAUAUUGCAGGAAAAGAAUCACAUAUAAAAAGCAAUAAGAAAAAACAAACAAAUUAAAUCAUAAGUAACCAAAUAAAUGUAUUCGCUCAGUUAAAGCCACAAACUGUCUAGUAGAGUUAAACAAGUGACAAAUUUAUUUAUUUAUUACUGCUAUUUAUAAAGCACACAGAGAUUCCGCGGCGCUGUACAAUUAGUGGAGAAACGUACAAUAUACACAGACAAAUACAAGAGGUAGAGAGAGCCCUGCCCGUAAGCUGAUAGUUAGCCAUUGGGGCUCUGUUAUACAAAGUGCUUGGCUAGAUGGCCCGUGAGCUUACAAUCUAAAUAGAAUAAUAAAGGUGAGAUACAAUGAAACAGUUCUAAGACAGAAUACAAUGAAACCGAGACAGAAAUCGCUUAAUUUUUCAGGAAAAGAUAGAAAGAGCUCAGAAAAAGAAAGCAAAUAAUCAAGCCAUGGUUGCCAGAUUUUGUUAUAUUUAACUUUCAGACCUAAGGCUGAUUAUUGCUUUUCUUACAUAGAUCUAAUUCAUUUGACAUAAGAAAUGUACUGUUCUAGAAUUGGUGCCUUAAUUUGUUUCCACGUUGCAUGGAUCAGAGCAUUAAUAGAUCCAAUGAGGUGGGCUGGAAGAUAAUUUUUAUGUUUGGACAGCCCAAUAAGAUCUGGAAGGGGGAAAGAGGAUCAUCAAUGGAAAAAAAAAAAUCAGACAUCCUUCCCAGAAGGCUGAAUGCCAACACAAUGCCAACAGAUGUGCUUUGGAAUGCAAACAUAUCAAAAAUAUGUUACAGUGAUGUAUAACUGUAUUCUUAAAUUUAUUAUGAAACCUAAAAAAAUAGUUAAGGGACACUCCACUGGCCAAAAAAAAACAAAAAAACUUUGUUCAGUACAUAUACUCCAAAUGAAAACAUUUUAAAUAUGCAUUUAUUUUAAUUAGGGGUAUAUCUAAGACAGUUUGCGAUAGCUACAGAUAUAUUGUCUGCAGUCUUUGCAAAUCCUCUCCUUUCCCCCACCCAGACUUUCUGUGAAUGUCCAAUCACUUACUCAGCUCAAUGAAAAGUCUUUUCAAGGCAGGUACUCCUGGGCAAUUACCUGGAAUUCAGCUCCACUGAGCUGAGCAACUAGAUGGUAACAGGGACAGUUGUCUGAUUAACAGCCCAGGGGUGCAACAAAUUUAAUUUGUAAAAGUGACCAUUUCUAUUGAAAUUCGUACUUUUUGUAAAAUGAGAAAAUAGUACACACUCUUUACACAUAAAGCAUUUCAACAAGCUAAAGGGCUUUAGGGGUUCAGAGUGUCCAUUUAAGGAACAGUUUCCACUUGCUUCCACAUGUUAUCAUUUACAUGGGAAGUUUCUCAAAUCCAGUAAUUGUUCAGUAUUCUUAAAAACACAGUUUGAGAUCCACUGAUUUUUGAGAAUAGACUGUUUUUCCAAUGCUGUUUUGUCUCUGUACAUCUGAGAAAUUCUGUUAGUCUUGUGUCUCUGCAGUCACAUGCUUUUUUAAUUUAUUUUUUUUGCAGAAAUAGCCACCCACUGCCGUAUCAGUUUUUUUUUUAUUGUUUAACUUAAACUUGUGUAUCCUUAGGGCUUUGCUUUGCGUGUACGGUGUGUGCUCUGUAUUGGUGUAUUUUUAUGCAGGGUGAGCAAUACCAUGAGAAAUAAUUUGCAUUGAAUGUGCAGAGUGCAUUUGUGGUGUAUGGGGAAAUAUAGUGAUUAAUUUAUUAUUUUCUUGCAACAUACACCAUACAUUUAUGUAAUACAUAAGAUAAACAUACAGGUAAUUUAGAGGGGACAUGCUGCUAGCACAAACAUGUUCUAAAGGAUAGGGGGGUAUAACUAAAAAUAUCAUCAGGUGCAAUGUAUUCAGACAUUACUUAGUUGUUAAAUUUAUUUGCUAGAGCUAGACAUAUAGUCAGUCACACAGACUAAUGCAAAAAAAUAAAUUAACAAAUUAACACAUUGUUGUUGCUUUUCAAAUAGAAAAAUAUGCUGUGAAUAAACAAAAUAUAAGUUCCGUAAGUGGCAGGUGAGGAAUUAGUGGUGUGAGAUGGUCCAUCAGAUUACAGUGGUACAGCAGGGGAUUUAAACCACUGUAAAUCCAUUCUUAUGGGAGGUGCUGCUCACAUCUUGUCAGCCCCUUAUUUCAAUUGCUGUUUUGCCACAGUUUAAAUAUCCCACUUCAAAGCAUUUGGAAUCUUUUACAAUGAUUAUUUGCUUUCUACUGUCCUUUGAAAUGCCAUCAGCCACCAGACAGGUGUUUGUGCUGGUGAAGAAAUUGUCUUGCUGUGUAUUAUUAAAUAGUAUUAUUAAAAUAUGAUGUUUAUUUAUUUCCAGAAAAUACACCUUUAAAGUAAACGCGAAUGCAUAGUUAUUUUAUCUGAUCACCUGUGAAAUACUAACGAAAUAACAUUCUCUGCGAUUUACAGUUCCUCUUUGCCUUGCCUGGUAAAUACUAUUGAAUGAUUUGUUGGGUUGUGUAGUGCAGUGGUAAAAAAAAUGCACUUACCUCACAUUUCUAUCUUCGGGGUAUAUUAUCGCCCCAUGAUACUCUGGGCAUGCCUGUGUACCUGAAUGUCUACAGUAGAAUGGAAAGCAUUCCAUUGUGCAAUGCACACACUCACUCAUAUGAAAUAUCACAUGCUAAACUAAAUUAAACUGUAUAGCAUGACAGAAAGUCAUGAGGUGUAAAUUAUACAACUAAAAUUAUGUAGAUUCGUUUAAAAAAAUGUGCAAACAACAAAAAAAAUGUUUUUCUGCCAUCAUCAUGGAUUGACUGGAGCUGGAUUCCAGGAUGGUUGUGUAUCUUGCUUACCCUGAGUGGCUGGGUUUAUUCACUGAACCUGAAAUGUCACUAAAUAAAACUGAAGGUAAGUGUUUUAGCUAAGUUUCUAUAAAAACUUAAAGAAACACUGUGGCAUUAGGAAAACAAAUGUGUAUUCCUAACUAUAUAGUUACCCCCACCCCCAUUGCCCCCUAUUUCUGCUAAAUAAAGCACUUCAAGCUGAGAAUCACUUGACUAUUUGGACAGAAGCACCUCUAGUGGAUGUGAGAGGGUCAGCCACAAGAGGCAUUUCUUCUCUGCAGUAUAAACAAUAUUUUCAGUUGCAGGGUUAAAACGACAGGGACAUGGAACCCAGGCUACUUCAUUUUCAUUGACUGACUGAGAUUAAGGGGUUUUGGUGCCUAUAGUAUCAAUUUAAAGGAACAGCUCAAGCAACAUAAUUACUUUAGCCUGCGAGGAGCUUCAGGAGAGGUGCCUAGCAUAUCCCAGGUAAGUUGUCAAACCCCUCUUAAACGAUUUCACUACUUACUGUGGGAGAGUGCCAGGGUACUCUCUGUAGUGGGUAUGGUGCUUGAAAUGUUCCUUUAAAUAUUAGAUGGCCACAUAGAUCAAUAACAACAGACGUUGCCUUACUGCCCCUUUAAUAUGAGACGGUUGUGUAAGAUAACUUGAUAUUGGCAUACUUUUUAAAGGCAAAGUGAUAUAAAAAGGGCAAAGCUUAUAAGAUUGACUGACAGAGAGGCAAGAUGGAGGCACACAGCACAGGGAUAAAUACAGUGGUUUGGAUUUCUACACAUAAUAUUAUCUUUCACACCUCAUAAACACAUAUUUGUAAACAUAAUAAUAAAAAUUCUGUGAAGGGAAAGUUCCCAUUAAGCACUGAGUGGAAAGCUGUGUAAAUUGUUUGUUUUUGAAGUGCAUGUGAAUACAAAUGGACUUAUAGCGCCAUAACAUCAGAAAUAUGCAAUCAAAGUUACAUUCAGGAUAUAAUGUAGGUAUGAAUCUGUACAUUUUUAGAGCAAUACUGCAUUUUUACAUUAAAAAAAAAAACCAACAACAGGCUAAACAUACAUAUCUGGAAGGCCUUUCCAUAUCAAAAUCAGUGAGCUAAGACAUUAGUUUAGACAUUAAGAGUAAGUAAACAAUAUCUCAGUCAAGCGGGCAAGGAAGACAGGACAGGAUAAUAAGAGCAUCUGUGGAGCUUAUAGAAUAAGGAAGGCCUCCAGACAUGGAGGAAGUAAACUACAUAAAAAUGAUCACACAUGCUGAACUAACAUAUUUAACAAAAUAGCUCUAGGGCCACUGGGUACUGGUCACAGUAGAAGAGAGUAAAAAGAAAAACAGUAAUCUCUAUACAGGUAACAGGUUGGCAGCAAUGAAUAAGUAGAAUCUCCACCAGAAAGGAUGCAUGGAUCUAUUCAAUGCUACAGGCAUGCCUCAGGAUAUGGUUUGUCUCAAUGUCAGACAAUACCAUCUCUCCCCCACACACUGCACCAGCCAAGUUUCAUGCUGAAGAACUGUGAUAGGCAAGAAGAUUUUUCACCUCUCAGAGCCCUAACUGUAAGCAGAGACACAUCCACAUAGUCCAGGACCCUCUACCUCCAUUCGGCAUGAGCGUGGGUCCAAUGGCACUCUGGGAUUCAGGGAACCCUCCGGGCACCUGGGCGGCUGGUCGGAGAUAUCUCCAGAAGGGCCAACAGACAAGUUACUGGUCAAACAAACCCCGAUUUAGGGGAUCGCCCGCCUCCCCUGUUCACCAGGCCACCAGUCAAGCGGGCCGCAUGUUCGUACAGUGGAAUUUCUUGGUACAGCAAAAUGUGAAGGACACCCACAAGUGCCUACUCAAUAGAGCAUCAAUCCACCAUCAACUUAAGGCUGAGUCUCACUCAAAUUUAUUAUUAAAAUCAUAGAUUAAACUAAGUGUGCAGGAACUGUUCCCAUAUAUAUAUAAAAAAAAUCUUUAAACUUUUAUUUGAUUUUUUGUGUAAAAACAAGAGUCUAAAUGGGAUGGCAUAACAUAUUUUGCAGCUCUGAGAACAAAGUAAAAAUCAUUUUGAGUCAUGGAAAGACCCUGCUUAGUUUGUGGAUAUAAAAAAAACUAUGUAAUUACACUACAACCAGUGUUAACACAACCACACUUUACUAACAACUACAAAUCGGUCACAAUUUCUAGCAAAAGAUGUAAUCCUGUGUAUACAAAUUAAAAUGUAAUGUGAACAUUUCCAGUCACUACUCCUGUUAUACAUACAUAUUAUUAUUAUUAUUUAUAAAGCACCAACCAAUUCCACAGCGCAUGUACAAUAGGUGAACUAAUAAGCAAGUAGUUGCUACAAAACAAGUUGGAUGUACAGGAACAGAAGGUGCUGAGGGCCCUGCUCAAAUGAGCUUCCAUUCUAAAGGUACAUACAUAAUAAUCUUAAUUAUUACUAUGCUUUAUUGAAAUAAAAUAGCUGAUAGGAAGUGUCUUUUGCACAUCUCCUUAUUUCUCUUGUUAUGCAAAGCCUUUGCUCACUAAGCAUCAGAUAGUAUGUGGUCAACAAGAGUCUCAUAGCCGUCUGCAUGUUACAGAAAGUUGCUGACUAAUAUCACUCCCAGUGCUUCAGAAGCUCAGAUAAUAUGCUUGUUUUUUUUUAAUAUUGUAUGUUCCAUCUAAUGUAAAAAUAGAUAAUAGAUUAUAACCUAAAAGGAAAUACUAUAAAAACAUACAAGGAGGAUGCUUUUAAAUGGCUCCCUGCAGAAUUUCCUUUCUACACAGCAGAACUGUGUUUGAAGUUUACCUCAGUUACUGCACAUUAAAUGUUCUAUCUGAAGGCAAGCUUAGCGUAGGCAGCAUGUGAUGAUGGCUGCAGCCCUUGCUGAAACUGUUUGAAGAUGUAGUGCACGGCUGUCAAACUCAUUUACUAAGAAUAACUGAGUUUUGUAGUGAAGCAGGAAUGAAGGGGCAAGUGUAAAAAAAAUUCAAUUCUUUUGAUUUAGUUUGGUUGUAAGAUUGGUGAUCACCACUUUUGUUGUGCAAGAUGCGGUGUCUAUCUUAGAACUUGGCUCAGUGGUUCAGAAGGCAAUUCCAUUUACUGUCCUCUCCCAAUGAUAGAAGGAUGACUUGACAAACUGUUACUUAUGUCUGAAAAAUGUCUCUGGUUUCUCUGUUGAAAAUAAGAAAUCAAGUGAAUGCCCCAAUCAGCCUUCAGCAAUAAGAUCAGUGCCACAUGACAAUAGUCUUCCAGUACCGAAGACACCAGAAAUGCAGCUUAGAGAAAAUAGGUGGAGAUGCUGCAAUGCAGCAGCUUGGCAUGCAUUUAUCCAGAUUUUUAACUAUGUAUGUGUGAUGAUCAUAACACAGUCAGAAUUAAAGAACCUGAUCAGGGACUUUGGAUUUUUAAAAGCAAAAUCAGAACUACUGGGUUCAAGACUGCACGGAUAGUGUUUACUUUCAACAGGUACGAAUAGUUUUGCACAGGUUAACCAUUUCAUUUUCUGUACUGACAUUGACAGUUGUUUGGGUUGUGAGCGUGACCCACAAGAAUGGCACCUUUGUUGAUUAAUCACUGUUAAGGCUCAAGGCUGCCUUCUGACACAGUUGCAAUGUCCACCCUUAAAUACUUGCUGGCUAUGCGGCACACAUGAAAAAAAAAUAUAGAGAAAUAUGGAACUGUUGUAGAGGCACAUCCAGUACCAACUGGAACAUCUAUGGAGAUCUAAAAGUGGUGCCUCUGCAACUUGUUAUGCAGCUCAGGCAUGCUACAGUUGUUAAAUUGGACAUAUUUGAAAACCCAGGACAUAUUUGAAAACUAGAGAAAUCUCAAUGUAUCUUUCCUGGUAAAAUAUUUUAUAAAUAAAUAAAUACUUGCACUAAAGAGUCAUAUUAAAUUAAAAAGAACUGGCCUCUCUAUUUUUACUUCCUCUUCUCUUGGCUUUGAAACCUAAUACAGAAUGGCAUAAUAGUUUUAUAUUAGUAACCCAAUUGCAAAAAAAUAUAUACAAACUGGGAAACCAAUAUAAAUAAUCAAUAUAUCCUGUAUUUAAAAAAAGAAUAUAAAAUUCAGCUGAUCGAUUUAAGCCAAUGAGCUUAGCUAACUAAUUGACUACUUACAUUAGUGGGGCUCCAGGGCACUCCUGACACCAUAGCAACUACAUUGGGCUGUAGUGGUUAUGGUGUUUUUGAGUGGUCCUUUAAAUGAAAGGGGUUUGGUGUAUUCUGAACAGUGGCUUAAUUCUUUCAUAAAAAACUGUAAAAAUAAUACUGCACCUAAAUCUGCUAUUCAAUAAUCCACAACUGUUAAAUAAUGACUUAUAUAUUUUCUACAGCAUAUCUUCAGUCCCUGAUAUAUAUCAUAUUUAUUGUAGAAUUAUAUUUUUAAUGUACAGCUUUAUUAAAAGUCUUCCCUGUUUGUAACUGUAAUACUUGUCCAUUAUGCCAAAUGACAACAACAUUUUUUUGUAAAAAUAUUUCUUACUGUUAAUAGGUCACUCCAGGAUGAACGUUGCUCCCAAGAGUUCCAACACAUUAUAUAAAUACUUCAGUAAAAAUCUAUGCAAAAAAAGACAUUAAAGGAACACUAUAACCUGAACAACUUUAGCUUAAUGAAGCAGUUUUGGUGUAUAGAACAUGCCCCUGCAGCCUCACUGCUCAAUCCUCUGCCAUUUAGGAGUUAAAUCCCUUUGUUUAUGAACCCUAGUCACACCUCCCUGCAUGUGACUUGCACAGCCUUCCAUAAACACUUCCUGUAAAGAGAGCCCUAUUUAGGCUUUCUUUAUUGCAAGUUCUGUUUAAUUAAGAUUUUCUUAUCCCCUGCUAUGUUAAUAGCUUGCUAGACCCUGCAAGAGCCUCCUGUAUGUGAUUAAAGUUCAAUUUAGAGAUUGAGAUACAAUUAUUUAAGGUAAAUUACAUCUGUUUGAAAGUGAAACCAGUUUGUUUUUUUUCAUGCAGGCUCUGUCAAUCAUAGCCAGGGGAGGUGUGGCUAGGGCUGCAUAAACAGAAACAAAGUGAUUUAACUCCUAAAUGACAGUGAAUUGAGCAGUGAAAUUGCAGGGGAAUGAUCUAUACACUAAAACUGCUUUAUUCAGCUAAAGUAAUUUAGGUGACUACAGUGUUCCUUUAAAAAUAUACAUUUAUAUCACCUUUAAAGUACCUUCUUCUGGUGAAAACCCUCACACCAGCAACUCAUUUGGCUAAUUAUGACUUGAUUAGUUAAGAACCUCUCAUUCUGGUCUCUGUAUUCUGAACUGUUGGACAUGUUAAAGGACCACUCUAGGCACCCAGACCACUUCAGCUUAAUGAAGUGGUCUGGGUGCCAGGUCCAGCUAGGGUUAACCCAUUUUUUCAUAAACAUAGCAGUUUCAGAGAAACUGCUAUGUUUAUGAAUGGGUUAAGCCUUCCCCUAUUUCCUCUAGUGGCUGUCUCAUUGACAGCCACUAGAGGCGCUUGCUUCUCACUGUGAUUUUCACAGUGAGAGCAUGCAAGCGUCCAUAAGGUUUAUGAACGCUUUAUUAUGUGACCGGCUGAAUGCGCGCGCAGCUCUUGCCGUGCGUGCGCAUUCAGCCCAGGAGGAGGAUCGGAGGAGGAGAGCUCCCCGCCCAGCGCUGGAAAAAGGUAAGUUUAACCCCUUUCCAGAGCCAGGCGGGAGGGGUACCCUGAGGGUGGGGGCACCCUCAGGGCACUAUAGUGCCAGGAAAACGAGUAUGUUUUCCUGGCACUAUAGUAGUCCUUUAAACUUGGCACUGAAAGACUUAAAGGAAAACUAUAGUUUUAGGAAUACAAAGUUGUGUUCCUAACACUAGAGUGUCCCUCUGCCCUUGCGCCCCAGCCCUCUUCCUCCGCACUCUAAAAGUUAAAAACCCUAUAAACACUUACCAGUUUCCAGCGCCAAAGUCCCACAGUGCUGUCCUUGUCUCUGCCUCUUCCAACGGCAUCGCGAGGGGGAGCCUAAUGAGCAUGCACAGAGAGCACCCUGUGCACAUUAGGCCUUCCCAAUUGGAAAGCAUUUACUCCCUAAGGGGAUUUUCAAGACAAUGGACGCCCUCAUGCAAAGCGUCCAGAGUCAAAUUCUGUGAAACAGCGUGAAGUGGCUCUAGUGGCUGUCUGGUACACUCCAGAUCCUGAAAGCACUUUUGCUUGCCUUAGGGAUUAACUCUUGUCCCCAAUCAUAAAAUUGAUGAUUUAUAUGAAAAGUUGUCACUAUUAUGAAAUAAUUUGGAACAAUUAAGCUGACUUCCAGGAGGGCUUCCUGAUUCACACUGUUUGAUAAUCAUUUAAGAGGAAGUGAAAGCUUCCAUAGGGAAGCAUUAGUCAUUAGACAAUCCGCAAGCGAAAAGGGUAAAUUAUCCUUAUUUUUGCUGUACUGGGGUACCUGGCAUCUACAUGGUUAGUAGAACACUCUAGACAUCAUCAGUUUGAAACUGGAGUGUUCCUUUAAAUGAUUGAAGACUAGGAACAAUUUGAAUGACUAAAAUUGAGCGUGUUUUUAAGAUGCUCAGCACGUUUGUAAUGUAAUAUGUUAUAAUAAUAACGUAAUAAUAUUAAUGUAAUUAAUUUCCUAACAGACAUUUUUUUUGUUUAAGUUCAUUUGUGAAUAAAUUGUGUUUUAUAAAAAAUUUUCCCCUCAGACUAUUGUAACUAAACCUUCUCGAGACUGUUGCUACCGGAUUUAGUAACCAUGACAACCCACGUAACGCUGGAAGAUGCGUUAUCCAACGUGGACCUUCUGGAGGAGCUGCCCCUCCCCGACCAGCAGCCAUGCAUUGAACCUCCACCUUCAUCCAUCAUGUACCAGGUAUUAUUAUUGUUAUUACUAUGUUAUUAUUAUUAUUAUUAUUAUUAUUAUUAUUAUUAUUAUAUAUAUUUCUCUACCUGCCUAACAUUGUUGUUGGACAGAUUAGCAUUAUGACAUAUUUAGUAAUAAGAUAAAAUAUUUUCAUUAUUGUGUAUCAAUAUGGAAACAUUAAUAAAAGUGUGGAGCUGGGCCUUUUCUGUUUAGAAGGAUCUACUAAGGAUAUAAAUGCUUUAACGGAGAUAUGAAGAUGAACACUUCAGUGUAUCCAGUUUGCAAUGUGAACAUUGUGUAUAUGUUUGUGUCCAACCCUAUCUACACAGCAGCAGUUCUUACUUGUUCAGUAACAAAGACAUAUCAGGAUUGCCACAGCAGGAAUUGAUUUGUCUGUAAUUAGUCAUAAAGUUUUUAAAGGCUGGGAUAAGGAAUUAAGGGGUAUAUUGCUCUACAUUAAAGCUUUCUAUCUCAAAUUCUCACAGGCUAACUUUGACACCAACUUUGAAGAUCGUAAUGCAUUUGUAACAGGAAUAGCCCGAUACAUUGAGCAAGCAACUGUGCAUUCAAGCAUGGCAAGUAUCUUUUAUAUUAUAUGAUAAAAUGAUUAUAAAAAGCAAAAUGUUAUGAGCUCCACAUUCCUUCAAAAUAUAUUUUAUGCACUUUCUAAUGUUAUAAUUUAUCCAUCCAAACAGCGAGACAUACACCACAUGCAAAUACUACAAACAUCCCACCCACACAUCAACACACAACACUACACACACACAAUACAACAUAUCACCAAAAAAAACAAUCUCACAGUUAGCCAUCUAAUUAAGUAAGAGCGCAGUCACACACAUAACAUGAUACACAGCCCACAUACGUACGUAACACAUGCAAUACCACAAAUUUCUCACGCACAUAAGCAAUAUAACACAGUCCACAUACACACAAACGCAACCCUACAAAGCAGCUGCAGCAUUCAUGCAUAAUACAAGCAGACUAUGGCAAAAUACAACUUUAAAAAAUAAAAUAGGACCUGCACGCUGAGGGACUUCAGUCUUGUUUUGAUACAGUGCUGCUGAAAGGUUGCCUAGACCUGCACUUAAUUUAAAAUAAAAAUAUACCUUCAUUGCAAUUGUUGGUACUAUGCUUGAAGAGACAGUCUUCAGCUGCACAAUACUGCUUUUCAGACCAGGAAGUUGCUUGAUGAAUUAGAAUUCGCUCACUCUUGUCAAAUUAAGCAAAAUUUAUGUUCUAGGUAGUCCAGCCACAAACAUGGUUCCAGAAGAGUGAAGUUGCUAAAAAUGUUGGUAGACAUACAGUUGGUGAUGAUAUAAGUUUGUUUACAGCAAAGCUACAGAUGCUAAGAAUCUACUUUAUGAUUUACCAUCAGGAGAGCAUAUAGACUGGUGUAGAUGGGAAUUUUACUUAGAAAUUGCAAUUGUUUUUUUACAGAAUGAGAUGUUGGAGGAGGGGCAGGAGUAUGCUGUCAUGUUGUAUACCUGGAGAAGCUGUUCUCGAGCCAUUCCACAGGUGAGUGUGUUAUCAGGCCCAGGAGCCAGACAAACAAUAAACAGCGCACCAAGGUGACCAAAUAAUGUAUUUAUUUAAGAAAUAGAGAUUUAAAUUCUGUAGUGCUGCCAGUUUCAUUUCUGCCCCUCAUAGUGACUGAGGACACCAAGAUAAGAUAUGGAGUCAUAUAGUAUUGUAUCAGUACAUGUUCAUUAUUUGUCUUUUUUCCCUCUAUUGUACAGCGCUACAGAAUAUGUCAUUGCUAUAUGAAAGAUUAGAUGGCACAGAAUGUCUCAAGAAAAGUCACAUUCUUAUGUAGGAGCACAUUUGUUCUCUUUUUAUAGCGUUAGGAAAAAAAUAACUCCAGGGACAAUGCAUAGGGGAACCACAGAACUAAUGAAAACAAAUGUAUCACACAUAUUCCCUGUGUAUGCUGAUUCCAGGGCUACAAGAAACUCUUGCCUCAUGUUAAUUACAGUGACUACUUUCCCAAUUUUAUCAGGGACUUGUAUGAAAGGAUGGAAGAGCGAUAGAUAUAUAGAUAGAUAGGCAGAGAGAUAGGCAGGCAGAAUGAUACUUAAAUGUUUUUGUGCUCUUCUGAAACUUGUUUUUUAUUCAUUAUUUACAGUACACUUUGGGAAUAUUGUAUAGAAAUAGUUAUUUAAUGUAAACAUACACUUAUCUGAUUUCCUAUUACAGGUAAAAUGCAAUGAGCAACCAAAUCGUGUAGAAAUUUAUGAGAAGACGGUGGAAGUUUUAGAGCCAGAAGUCACAAAAUUGAUGAAGUUUAUGUAUUUUCAGGUAAGUGAUAAAAACUCUCCACGUAAACAGCAUUGUUCUACUCUGCAACCUCUCCCAAAGGUGGUUAGGUGCUCUUUCGAACAAAUUCUCAUAGCUACAGCAAUGACAAUCCCUGUCAAAAGAGCCAAUAAAUGUGUACAGUCCAGCUGCCCUCAUUAAGCAAAAGCAGGAGAAAGAAAGCAAAUAACAGACUGUGUCAUACAGGAACCUGAGGUGAAAACAGGAAGUGCUGGGGAGGAACCUGCCGCUUUCAUUCAGGUCUCUAUGAACAAUAAAAAUGUUAGGUUUUAAAAUGAAAAGCAAUUUUUCUUACUUUUUAAUUUAAAUUAUUUUCUUUGCUUCUAUUUUGCAGUGAAGCAUUUUAACAGAAAAAUAAAAUUUGAUGCAACUUUUCCUUUUAAUUUCUAUACACUUUAUUUGUGCAAAAAAUAAAUUGUGUUAAUUUUAAUAGGAUUCAGAAGAGACAACAUUUCUUGACACUCCGACAAAAGCCCAUUGUACAAAAUGUCGCCAUGGUGAUUAACUUUUAACAUUCUACUUGUUAUCCCUGCAGCGCAAAGCAAUAGAGAGAUUCUGUAAUGAGGUGAAGCGAUUGUGCCACGCUGAGCGCAGGAAGGAUUUUGUUUCCGAGGCAUAUCUGCUUACUCUGGGCAAAUUCAUUAACAUGUUUGCGGUGCUGGAUGAGCUGAAAAACAUGAAGUGCAGCGUGAAAAAUGAUCACUCUGCUUAUAAACGGUGAGAGAACGCAGGGUGGCUAGAUCUGGAAAGUAUGUGCAUGUGUUUAUACAGGUUUCUACCAGUAUACCCUAGUGGUAGACUGGAUUGGAAAGUGGGCAGCUAGGUGUAAGAAUGCAUGACAUGAUUUACCAUGUCCAGAUAUUAGUGUACUGGCAGUGGAGAGGUGUACAUGAUCUCUAGUCGUCUGAUUGUUUUAAUUUAUAAACAUUUGUGGUCCAAGAGUACAGUGUAAGCUGAUUUGGUGUUUGUUUGUACACCAGGCCACUUCCUCAUUGGAUGGACAACAAUUUUCUAGGUUAUAUAUAUGUACAGCGAUGCGGCAUAUACUGGGCCCCAAAUCUUGGAAAUGGCACUGGUAGAUUUUUUUAAAGAAACAAUCCAGUCACAAUUACCACUACAUUACGUUGUAGUGGUUAUGGUGUCAGUAGUGCCGUAGUGCCCACCCAGGGUAAGUAGUCAAACUGUUUAAGAAAACUUUGACAACUUACCUGGGGUCUGCCGGGAUAGGGGCUGUAGUGUGUGUGUGUGUGGUGCAAUAUGUGUGUGUGGGGUGCAAUAUUUUUGUGUGAGGGGUGCAAUAUGUGUGUGUGAGUGGUGGAGUGUGUGUGUGAGGGGUGCGUGUGUGUGUACAGGGAUGCAGUGUGCGUAUGUGUGUGAGGGGUGCACUGUGUGUACAGGGGUGCGUUGUGUUUGUAAAGGAUGUAGUUUGUGUGUGUGUGUGAGGGGUGCAGUGUGUAUGUAUGUGGGGCAGUUAAUGCAUGAGGGGUACAGUGUGUGUGUGUUUUGGGGCAGGUUGUGUGGGGGGGCGCAGUGUGGGUGGCAGUGUGUGUGAGGGGUACAGUGUGUGUGUAUGGGGGGGCAGUGUGUAUGGGGAGGCAAUGUGUGUGUAUGAGGAGGCAAUGGGUGUCUAUAGGGGGGUAGUGUGUGUAUGGGGGGGCAGUGUGUGUAUGAGGGGGUAAAUGUGUGUAUGGGUGGUAGUGUGUAUGUAUGGGCGUAGUGUGUGUGUAUGGGGGAUAGUGUGUGUAUGGUAGGGGUAAUUGUGUGUGUGAGGGGGUAGUGUGUAUAUAGGGGAGCUGUUGUGUGGUGUGGGGUCUGUGUGGGUAGGAGGGCAAAUUAAUAAAUAUAUACUUUUUUUAUUUUUAUUAAAAAUAAAAAUGAUAUCCCCUCUCCCUGCUUACCUUUGCCUGGGAGGUGGGACAUUUUUUGCAAUCCCUGGUGGUCUGGGGAAGCCCUGGUGGUCCCAGUGGUGAGAGUGUACUCUAGCAGCCUCAAGAGCUGCUACAGUUCACUCUUGCGAGAAUCGGAACAUUGCAUUGGUAACCGCGGCAAUGUUCCGAACUUGCGAGAGGAGAACUCUGUGAAGCUGCACGUUAGAGCUCCCCCUGGUCCUCUCUCCCUCCCCUGCCGGCUGUCCGCAAAGUGCUAGCGGGUCGGAGAGGGAGAUCUCUGAUCUCCCCUCCGGUCCUGCAGAGCCGGCAGGGGAGAGCACAAUUCCCGGUGCUAUGAUUAUAGCACCAGGAAAAUAUCUCCGGGCACGCAGCAUACAAUUUGGGAACCGCUGCUUUAGCAUAUUAAGUUUAUCCACAAGAUAAAUUUGAAUAUAGUAAGAAAAUUUUAAAGAAAAAAAUAACACACUUUUAGCUGGAUUUCACAGAUUACAGUUCUUCUGUUAUUAAAAAAAAGGAUACUUUUUUUUCUAUUUACACAUUGUUAAAAUGUUUUCAGUAGCACUUUCAUUAAAAGCUCUUGGUAAUUUCAGUACCUGGUUUAUGUCUCUGGCAGAGCUGCUCAGUUUCUUAGAAAGAUGGCUGACCCCCAGUCUAUACAAGAAUCGCAGAAUCUUUCAAUGUUUCUAGCCAAUCACAAUCGGAUUACACAGGUGAGUGUCAAUAGUCCUGUAGAAAUGCAGUAUGUGUAUUACUAAACUAAAGCAUUCCAGGAUAUGCAGUUCUCAUACUCCGCCCCAAUAUUUUCUUUCCCUUUUUACAUAUUAAGGGGUUAAAAGAACACUAUAAGGUUAGGAAAUCAUACAUGUAUUCCUGACCAAAUAGUGUUAAAACACCAUUUAGGUGGCUUACCCCCUAACCUUGCUCCCUUAGAAAAGGUUAAAACCUGCCUUAUUGCCAGCUCUCCACAAGUCUGCAAGCAUUGGCCCUGCCCCCAAUCCACCUCGUUGUCUGACAUCAUCAGAAUUGAUGAUCUUAGCCAAUCCAAUGCUUUCCCACAAGGAGAGCAUUAGAUUUGAUGGGAGUGGCAAGGAGGUGGGGGUUGGUCCAAAAGCUGCCCUGGCCAAUCAGCAUUGAAUCCAGGGAUGUAUUGAAUCCAGGGCCAUAUAUAAUAUGAUUAGGACCCUGGACAAUGCAUUUUCUUGGACCUCCUGGGCCCUGCUCCUCUCACCCCUCCACCCCUCAAUUACGCCAAACCCGCAUUCACACUGACACAUACACACACAGACAGACAUAUUAAAACAUUCGCAGAUACAUACUGACACACACAUACACUGAAACACAAAUAUAUACUGGCAGACAUAUUGACACACAUUCAGACAUACUGACACACACACACAGACACACAUGCAUAAAUACACACACAGACACAUACACUGACAGAUAUACUGACACACACAGACACAUACACUGACAGACGUAUUGACACAAACACACAGACAUGCUGACACACACACAGACAUGCUGACACACACACAGGCAUACUGACACACACACACACAGGCAGACAUACUGACAAACACACAGACAUACUGACACACAGACAGACAUACUGACACACACACAGGCAUGCUAAACACACAGACAUACUGACACACACACAAACAGACAUACACACACACACAGACACAUACACUGACAGAUAUACUGACACACACAGACACAUACACUGACAGACGUAUUGACACACACACACAGACAUGCUGACAUGCACAGGCAUACUGACACACACACAUGCAGACAUACUGACAAACACACAGACAUACUGACAAACACACAGACAUACUGACACACAAACAGGCAUACUGACACACACACACAGACAUACUGACACACACACACACACACAGACAUACACAUACCCACAUACACACACAGACAUACUGACACACACAUACACAGACAUACUGACAUUUAUUUAGCCACCCUCCGGGUUCUUUUUUCUGGAGGGUGGUUUCCCUGGUCCAGUGGCAGGCUAAGGCAGUUGGGAGUUCUCUUAUGGAACUUCCCUCCUCCUGUCUUUCUCCUCCUGUGCGGUUGUGAUCUCCGGUGGGAGAAAGUGAAGCGCGGCACUCACUUCCUCUAACCCGGCUGCCGAACAGGAAGGGGCCUAGUCGCCCUGUUUAAGUGUCACAGCACCCGACCGGGCUCCUGAUGACACAUGCUCAUUGGGUGGCCCUUAGCUCUGUGCAGCCACACCGCCAGGUCCAUGGGGGCUGCUCAAAUCGUGGGGCAGCUGCUCUGGAGCCCCCCAGGAGCAACUGGCUCCUGCCGCCCCGUUUGCCCCGCGUUAAAGACGGCCCUGAUUGAAUCCUCUAUGAGGAAAGUUCAGUGCUGAGCUGCCAGGAAGCAUGUCCAGUGGACAUCUAACAAGUGGCCACUGCAGGUGUCCCUACACUUUAAUGUAAACACUGCCUUUUCUACGAAAAGACAGUGUUUUCUGCAAAAAGCCUGCAGGGACUGACUAUACUCACCAGAACAACAACAUUAAACUGUAGUUGGUCUGGUGACUAGAGUGUCCCCUUAAGGUUUUCCUUGUCGUGGCAAAGGUUGUUGUGGGCUAAAUGUCAUAUAAGAGGAGUGUGUUUAGGAUAAAAGUGGCCCAUGUAGUAUUGGUAUUGUAAAUGUGACUGCAUGGGAGGGGCUGUGUUCUAAUCAAUGAGUUUGAAUGCAAAUAUAGACUGAUCUGCAUAUGGACUGAGGGUUUUAUUUAAGAAAUAAACCUCUAGCAUGUAAGCUCAUCGAGCAGGGCCCUCAACCCCCUCUGUUCCUGUACGUCAGUGGUCUGAUCUCAAUUAUGUGUCUGUUAGUCCACCCAUUGUACAGCGCUACGGAAUUUGUUGGCGCUAUAUAAAUAAUAAAAUAAUAAUAAUAAAUAAUAAUAAUAGGAGACAUUUCAGUAGAAUUUGUUGCUCCAAAACAAGCAGUACAUCAAACUUAUUAAUCACCCUAUAUUACGAUCAUGUCCAAAAAGAUUGCAGGUGUGUGCUUUAUCUGUGAAAGGCUGUAUAAAAUUGAUUGAAGUAAUGCACAAUUUUAAUUCAUCUAUUCAAAAAUAAUAUAACAGUAAUUAUGUUUUAGGACCACCUAUCAUGCAGAACUUAUAUUUUUUGAGGUGCAUCUUAAAAAUCCAGUCGUAUAAUCUAAACAUAGUACUGAUAUGCAGCUUUGGGAUAUACCUGGCAUGAUGCAUAUAUCUAUACUUCACCAUUCAAAAUUUAACCGUACGUGUCACAGCUGCCAAAGUUUUCGAAUAAAUGAAAAAAGACAUUCGAGGAAUUUAGGAUAGUGCAAACCUUUUUUUUUUUUUUUUUUUCUUUGUUCUUAGUGUCUGCACCAACAGCUAGAGGUGAUUCCUGGAUAUGAGGAGCUUUUGGCUGACAUUGUGAAUAUCUGUGUUGAUUAUUAUGAAAACAAAAUGUACCUUACUCCAAGUGAAAAACACAUGCUUCUCAAGGUAAAACAGUUUGUUAUUCGUUGAAUUGGGUGCAUGAUUGAUUUAAGUGACACGUUUCUUACGUUAGAGUGGAAUUUUCAUAAAGCAUAACAGUUGAGAUUAGUUGAGUAAAUUCAGGAUAGAAGAUUUUUUUCCAUGAAACACAAAUGUAAAAAAGUAAACUGUGUUAGUCAAAUUAUCAGAUUGACACCUUCCAUUAUUGCAUACUCUAAUUUAUGAACAGUUUUGUUCUUGUAUGGAUCCAUACAUGUAAACCAAGUAAUUAGUUGUAAUAAAUAUAUUAGACAUGUGAAAUGAUUUUCACUUAGUAGACAAAAAGUUACAAAUUGAAAAUGUGUUAAGGAACAUUGAAGAUUGCGUUAUUUCUUGAUCUAGCUUUCAUUCGUUCUGUGUAUCCUUAAAAGAUUGUCAGGAAGAAUGCGUACUUCAUGAUGGUAUUGUCGCAAUUCUUUAAAGAUACUCUCUAGGCACCAUAACUACAACCAUGAUAUGGUCUUAUCAGUUUGUAGAAAAGUUCCACUCCUAAAUGAUGAAUAGAACUGCUCUUGGAGGAUAAUCUAUGUAUAUCCACAUUCUCUACUGAACAUGUGUUUAUGGCAUAAAAGUCUCUUCCUGGUUAGGGAGAAGUCCAGUCCCAAAAGGGACCUUUACUAAACUACUGCCCUACUCAUUAAUGGUGGCCUUGGCUCUGGGCCACAUAUGCCAUCUAAUGUCAAUAUGCUUAAUCUGUAUGUGUGAGAGUGUUUUUCAAUGUUUCAGGUAAUGGGAUUUGGAUUGUAUCUAAUGGAUGGAAAUGUCAGUAACAUUUAUAAAUUGGAUGCAAAGAAGAGAAUCAACCUCAGCAAAAUCGACAAAUUCUUCAAGGUGAUGUUUAAAAUAUGGCCUUAGCACUUGUUUUUAACCUCAGAACAUCUCUACAUGAGUGCCCUGUAAGUUCUUCAUGCAAAGGUGGCAAAGGUUUUAUGUCACUAGUGAGUGAACCCUAGACAACCGCUGGUGACCCUUAACCCACCGGCUGCAGUUGGACAUCACUCCCCAUGGUAAGAUAUCCCUACCCUGAACUACACUCCCCACGGUAAGAUAUCCCUGCCCUGAACUACACUCCCCACGGUAAGAAAUCCCUACCCUGAACUACACUCCCCAUGGUAAGAUAUCCCUACCCUGAACUACACUCCCCACGGUAAGAUAUCCCUGCCCUGAACUACACUCCCCACGGUAAGAUAUCCCUGCCCUGAACUACACUCCCCACAGUAAGAUAUCCCUACCCUGAACUACACUCCCCAUGGUGAGAUAUCCCUGCCCUGAACUACACUCCCCAUGGUAAGAUAUCCCUACCCUGAACUACACUCCCCAUGGUAAGAUAUCCCUACCCUGAACUACACUCCCCAUGGUAAAAUAUCCCUUUCCUGAACUACACUCCCCAUGGUAAGAUAUUCCUACCCUGAACUAAACUCCCCAUUUUAAGAUAUCCCUACCCUGAACUAAACUCCCCAUGGUAAGAUAUCCCUACCCUGAACUACACUCCCCAUGGUAAGAUAUCCCUACCCUGAACUACACUCCCCAUGGUAAGAUAUCCCUACCCUGAACUAAACUCCCCAUGGUAAGAUAUCCCUACCCUGAACUACACUUCCCAUGGUAAGAUAUCCCUACCCUGAACUAAACUCCCCAUGGUAAGAUAUCCCUACCCUGAACUACACUCCCCAUGGUAAGAUAUCCCUACCCUGAACUACACUCCCCAUGGUAAAAUAUCCCUGCCCUGAACUACACUCCCCACGUUAAUAUAACCCUGCCUUGAACUACACUCCCCAUGGUAAUAUAACCCUGCCUUGAACUACACUCCCCAUGGUAAGAUAUCCCUGCCCUGAACUACACUCCCCAUGAUAAGAUAUCCCUACCCUGAACUACACUCCCCAUGGUAAGAUAUCCCUGCCCUGAACUACACUCCCCACGGUAAGAUAUCCCUACCUAGACUACACUCCCCAUGGUAAGAUGUCCCUGCCUGAACUACACUCCCCACGGUAGAUAUCCCUACCUGAACUACACUCCCCCACAUUAAUAUAUUACCUUGAACACUCUGAUAAUAUAACCCUGCCUUGAACUACACUCCCCAUGGUAAAGAUAUGCCUACCCUGAACUUCACUCCCCAUGGUAGAUAUCCACUACCUGAACUACACUCCCCAUGGUAAGAUAUCCCUACCCUGAACUACUCCCCACGGUAAGAUGUCAGUGGUGGUGAACCCUAGACAAGCAGCUGGUAUAACCCACGGCUGCAGUUGGACAUCUGUUUAACCCUGAACUACACUCCCCCCACACAAUAUAACUUCCUGUGUGACUACACUCCCCACAUUAAUAUAACCCUGCCUUGAACUACACUCCCCCAUGGUAAGAUGUACCUACCCUGAACUACACUCCCCAUGAGUAUGUCCUACCUGAACUGCACCUCCCCAUGGUAGAUAUCCCUACCCUAGACUUCCUCCCCAUGUCAGUGAGUGAGUGAACCCUAGACAGCUGGUGACCCAUAUAACCCGACUGCAGAUUGGACAUCUGUUUUAACCCUGAACUACACUCCCAGGUGUAUAACCCUGCUGUGAACUACACUCCCCACGGUAAUAUAGCCCUGCAGCCAGACUUCCUCCCCAUGCGUGAGAUGUCCCUACACUGAACUAAACUCCCCAUGGUAUCCCUAGACUACACUCCCCAUGGUAAGAUAUCCCUACGCUGAACUACACUCCCCAUGGUAAGAUAUCCCUACCCUGAACUACACUCCCCAUGGUAAGAUAUCCCUACCCUGAACUAAACUCCCCAUGGUAAGAUAUCCCUACCCUGAACUACACUCCCCAUGGUAAGAUAUCCCUACCCUGAACUACACUCCCCAUGGUAAGAUAUCCCUACCCUGAACUAAACUCCCCAUGGUAAGAUAUCCCUACCCUGAACUACACUCCCCAUGGUAAAAUAUCCCUUUCCUGAACUACACUCCCCAUGGUAAGAUAUUCCUACCCUGAACUAAACUCCCCAUUUUAAGAUAUCCCUACCCUGAACUACACUCCCCACGUUAAUAUAACCCUGCCUUGAACUACACUCCCCACAGUAAUAUAACCCUGCCUUGAACUACACUCCCCAUGGUAAUAUAACCCUGCCUUGAACUACACUCCCCAUGGUAAGAUAUCCCUACACUGAACUACACUCCCCAUGGUAAGAUAUCCCUGCCCUGAACUACACUCCCCAUGGUAAGAUAUCCCUACCCUGAACUAAACUCCCCAUGGUAAGAUAUCCCUACCCUGAACUACACUCCCCAUGGUAAGAUAUCCAUACCCUGAACUACACUCCCCACGUUAAUAUAACCCUGCCUUGAACUACACUCCCCAUGGUAAGAUAUCCCUGCCCUGAACUACACUCCCCAUGGUAAUAUAACCCUGCCUCGAACUACACGCCAAGGUAUCCCAACCCUGAACUAUAAUUCCUAUGCUAUAGUAAGAUACCCCUGCUCUAGACAGACAUGAUAAUGUGUGUUUUCUAUUUGUUAAAAUAAAAACUAAACAUAAUAAUUACUCAUAAUAUAAGUACUAAAACUAUAUCAAACAGCUCUAUCUUGCUCCCAUUUUUAAUAAAAAAGAAAUAAAAGUAAUUAAAACUAAAUAUAUUUAAGUAAAAGGUACAAUCUGGGCAUCAAUACCACUUUAAAGCAUUGGCCUCAUUAACAUGCUGUAUUUUUGCAGGCUCAAAACUUUAUAGUUCUUGCAUAAAAUAAAUGUUUUGCAAAAUGCUGCACAAUAAGCCGGCCUCCUAGGCCACACCCCCUCAAACCUGAAAAAGACUUCCUUAUCAGAAAGAUUUUCAUACAGCUAAGCCACUGAUGGUAGUGAAUAAUCUGGAAACAAAACAACCUGCAUUAGGACAGGACACCCAUGGAGACAUAUAGUAAGGAUAUCACUACCAGUUUAUAGUUCCUGUGACUGUCUGCACCCAAAAUAUGAAUAAAAAAACAUCUCACUCAGCGCUGUUGUGGCUGAGACUGUUUGCAUACCUUUGAUAAGGAAGUCUAUUCAGGCAUGAGGGGGAGUGGCUAAAAUGGUGCAGCAUUCUGCCUAACAUUUUUUGUGCUAAAUCUAUAAAGAUUUGACUAUGCCAGGGCAUAAUUAUGAGGCCUAAAUCUAUCAAUAGCAUUAAAUCUGUAUUGGUGCUCGGAGUGCCCAUGUAAGUGUUCUCUUUUUUUUUUGUUUGUUUGUUUGUUUUCUUUACAACUAUUAAUACAAUUGUAAAUACAGUAUUUCCAGGUUCUUCUUUAAACCAUGUUUUCUAAGAAGUGUUUCAAAACUAUUUGUCCAUAUACAGUCUCAAAAAUUGUUUGUGCUGAUUGCAGAAUGCUGCCAUUUUUAAGUUUUGCUAAGUGGCCGGCGCCUGUCUCUUUUCUUUUGCAGCAGUUGCAGGUGGUGCCGCUAUUUGGUGACAUGCAGAUAGAGCUGGCCAGAUACAUUAAGACCAGUGCUCACUAUGAAGAGAACAAAUCAAAGUGAGUGCGUGCCGUAAUGUCUCUCGGCGCUUUGGAAAAAGAAGUCGAAUAGGAUCGCCAUGGAGCCGCCUUACAGAAUUCUGUCCCAUUGGAAAGGUUUACUACAGUACUAAGCAGCUUAUGGUUGUAAAAAUGCUUUUAAGAUAGCCUAGUUUGCUGCCAUGAGCUGUUUAAUAUUGUAGUUACUUUGUGUAUUAAAAAUUCUUGGAUACUUUGAUAAGGAAUGUUGCUCCUGGACAGUUUACUAUGGAGCAUUCAGAUUCUGACAUGUAAUUGGGCACCAAACCAUAUAUUUGAAGGUGCAGUUUAAGAAAUGCAUUUCUAAAUCUUUGGUCCCAGUGCCCAAUAACUGUCAGAAUUUGGUCAGAAGUUUUAAAAUGGGCAGGAGCAGCAACUGAUCUGAAAGUUGACAAGAGCUUGGAUCAAUGUCAUAAUUCUUUUUUUUUGUUUUUGUUUUAUUAGCUCACAUAUUUUUUUGCAUUCAUUGCAUUCACAUUUGUCCUUAUUCACUAAACCAAGAAUUGUUAGGAAUUAACAUGAGGGUUGCACUUCCCUUUCCAAUUCCCAAUGAAUGCUGGUUACGUGAUUAAAGGACCACUAUAGUGCCAGGAAAACAUACUCGUUUUCCUGGCACUAUAGUGCCCUGAGGGUGCCCCCACCCUCAGGGUCCCACUCCCGCCUGGCUCUGGAAAGGGGAAAGGGGUUAAAACUUACCUUUUCCAGCGCUGGGCGGGGAGCUCUCUGCCUCCUCUCCUCCUCCGUUCCUCCUCCUGGGCUGAAUGCGCACGCGCGGCAAGAGCUGUGCGCGCAUUCAGCCCGUCGCAUAGGAAAGCAUUUACAAUGCUUUCCUAUGGACGCUUACGUGCUCUCACUGUGAAAAUCACAGUGAGAAGCACGCAAGCGCCUCUAGUGGCUGUCAAUGAGACAGCUACUAGAGGAUUAGGGGGAAGGCUUAACCCAUUCAUAAUUAUAGCAGUUUCUCUGAAACUGCUAUAAUUAUGAAAAAAUGGGUUAACCCUAGAAGGACCUGGCACCCAGACCACUUCAUUAAGCUGAAGUGGUCUGGGUGCCUAGAGUGGUCCUUUAACCCCUUCACGUGCACAUUUAGCAAUGUUUUGUAUCAAUCAAAGUUGACACUGGCAGGAUUAUUCACUAAAAUGAGAAUUGUCAGGAAAUCAAAGUGAAUUUCAAAAUGUAGGACAAUCUUGCCGAAUUAGAAAAAAUCUCCCAAGUCAAUUCUGUUUUUAAAUUUAAAAUUCACUUUAAAUUCACAUUGAUUUCCCAGCAAUUUUUAUUUUAGUAAAUAAGCGUGUGGCUGAUUAGUUUGUGUAUUUUUUUGUAGAUUUAAAUGACCACUAAAGUUACAAUGACCAAUUCAUCUUUAAAAAGUUCCCCUUCUGCAGUGACCAUUUAGCUUUAAUCCUGCAAUGUAAAACAUUACAGUUUUGUAGAUAUGGCAAUGUUUCCAUUGUAGGUUUAAACACAACUCUUGUGUCUGUCUUCCUGGCAGUCACUAGAGAGACACUUCCAUAUGAGAACCAAGUCACACUUCAUUCUCAAUCACAUGCUAGACUCACAAUGCUUCUUUAACUUUGGCUUGGCUGAGAUCGUCAAUUUUAAUGAUAUUGUCUAGGGAGGUGGAGCGGCCACAGUGAGACCAACGUAAUUGAGGGAAGAAUAGUAACCUAAGUAGGUAAAAAACUUGUCUGUAUUCUUAAUACUAUAGUGUUUCUUUAAGAAAACACUGUAAUAAAGAUACAGGUGAGAGAUAAAUGUCACCAUCAUAAGCCUUGAGUAUAGGGUUCGCAAUUUCUCUCUCUCUCAAAUUCUCAAUUUUGAAUGUUUGAAUGUGGAUAACUGAAUGGAUCACAUCUGUGCAGCUAUGGAGCUCCAAUCUCAUAUUUAUGAAAGUGAGGGCUACCUCCUGAGUUCCUGAGUGGCAGUUGCCAAGUAUUAAUGACGGCAGCUGAAAUAGAUUCAACCCAAGACUGUAACCUCAGACAUCAGUGAGACAUGUGUGUACCAAUGCUGCCUUUACAGUAAUCUCCUCCCCUUAACAUAUACAAUAUCCCAAUACACUACACAAUAACCCCUACAGCAAGCAUGUCAAACUCAAAGUCUAGCAUGGGCUACAUAAACAAGGUUUAAGUUUAUGUGGGCCGCAAAAAAACAAACCUUAAAUUUUCAUAGAAACGUAGGUUUAUUUUGAAAAGUACAGUAUUAAAAAAAAAAAAAAAAAACAGCAUCCCCCUCUACUAAACCACAACACCCCCCUCUACUAAAUCCCAGUCCCCCCUUCUACUAAAUCCCAGUCCUCCCCCCUCCCCAUAUACUAAAUGCCAGUACCCCACUCUAGCCAACUAGCAGACUGUACUCACAUUAACGCUGCCAGUAUGCGACUUUGGAGUCCGGCCUCUGAUAUGCCCCAAAUGGCACCGUCUGCACCCUGUGCCAAAUCUGAUCCUCCCGCUACUUCCAGAAACCCUGUGAAGGUGGGUGGAGCACGUCGAUGUCAUGUCGGAAUGUGACGUAGCUUUGCGUGCCUCCAUGCACCUCCAUGUACUCCACUGUCCAGUCGCAGCCAAUGUAAUACUGACCAACACACAUACACACAUACUCACUGACAGACACACACACACUGACAGACACGCACACACUGACAGAUACACUCACAGACACACACAUACUCCCUGACAGACACACACACUCACUGACAGACACACUCACUGACACACACACACACACACACACAGACUUACACAUACUCACUGACAGACAUACACACACUUCCUCACUGACAGACAUACACAAACACACACACACUCACUCACUGGCAGACACACACACACUCACUGACACACACACAUACAGACACACACUCACUGACACACACACACAUACAGUCACUGACACACACACACUGACAGACACACACACACCCAUUUAUACAUUCUUGCACUCACAUAAUUUUAUUUAUUGCUCCCUACCUUUGGGAGCUGGUGUGGGCCCUCUUCUAUCUGGAGCUCAGCCUUCCUGCUCUUCACUGCUCCCUUGCGUGCAGUUUAGUGAUGCCGGGUGCCGGAAAAUGACGUCAUAUUCCGGCGCCAGUCAUCAAUACAGACAGCGCGCGUGAGGGAGCAGUGAGGAGCAGGAAGGCUGAGCUCCCUCGCUGCCGCAGGAACCUCUCCUCCCCGGCCAGGUAACUUUUAGCAGAGUAGGCACCUGCAAUGUGGGGAGAGCAGGUGCUUACACUGCUUUAACACUAAGCAUGCACUCGCGGCUCGCCGGGCCACAAAGAUGUCCAUUGUGGGCUGCAUGCAGUCUGGGCUGCGAGUUUGACAUACUUGACCUACAGUAUUACUAACCAUUAACCGCUAAACUAACACUAUCACAAAAUAUUAACCCCUAGACUACCUUAACACUAUUGCUAAAAUGAACCCACAUUAACCUCUAUACUGCCCCUGUAGAACCCCAACCCUAACCAUAAAAAUAUUAUGCAAUAUAAACAAUGCUUCAUUGUGACUUGACUUGAUUUUGUGGUUUAUUAUGAUGUGUACGUGCGUGCAUUUUGGCUUUUUGUGAAAUUGGAUGGUAUUUGAGCACUUCUAAAAUUCGUUAUCACAAGGAACAGAUAAGUAGUCACAAUAGGACUAUAAUCCUGUAGUUAUGUAGCAUGACACACAGGUAUAUAACACGUAGCAUAAGUAGUUCUUUAGUCCAUCUGAACAAAAUGAGUUCCUAUUACAUUUGAUGUGUCCUGAAUAUGAACUUGGUAACAGGAACUUUCCACAGUAUAGCUGACUUCUGGGAGAAACUGACAAGUUACCUCAUAUCAUCAAGAACAAUAAGCGAUAGUCAGUGCAUGGUGAGAACAGGCUAUUAAGGAGGAACUGGCAGUUUGUAUUGUUGAAGUUAUAUAUUAUGUUUUUCCAUUUAUUUACUUCCACUGUUCAUGCAAAUGUUUUUUUUAAAAGGCAAGAAAAGGGUAUAGGAAAUCAUAUUACCUCUGACAACUAAACGGAUCGACAGGUGCUGCCAUUUUCAAUAAUUAAUUUUAAGGUUGUCAUGUGCCUAUUUUUUAAAUAUACUUUUGUUUCUGAUGUUUUCUCCAUGACUCCCCCCUUUCAUGCAAAUAAACACAAAGAGAUGAGAACAUGUUGAUUUCAAAAGGGACAUUUGUGCAUGAGUUUGCCAUGUUAGUUUCUCCAAAGAUGAGUCCGCAUUAAGAUAAGUAAGUUAAUUUACAUUAAAUGUCUUGACAAUUCUUUUUUUUGGGAAGACAAAUGCUAUGACCAGAAGUUAAAAUUAUUUCAAUAUUUUAAAAACAGGGCUGUGAAUAAGAGAUUAGUUCUUUAUUAAGUUUUGACAUGAGUGCAGUACCUUACAUUUCCAUUGGUGUCUGCCAUCUAGGUGGGCGGUGUUUAGUCUUAACGUGGGUAGUAACUGGAAAAGAAGAGUAAGUUGUGGGCACAGUUGGGUUGGAAAUCAAGUAGAUGUAGAUAUACAAGCCCACCUCUUGGAGAUAUUACUCUGGUCUGACUUGUCGAAACCAAAUAAACCUGGUGCAAACCCAAUUGCUCAGGGCUGUGUAUAAUUGUGGUUAUUCAUACAGUUUUGUAUGAUAUAUAUUUGUUCUGUGAGGUUGUUUACAUGUCCUGUUGAGGCCAAUCCACAGGUUUAAGCACCUGUUUCCUGCCCAGGUGGACCUGCACUCAGAGCAGUAUCAGCCCUCAAUACAAUAUCUGUGAGCAGAUGGUCCAGAUUCGAGAUGACCACAUCCGUUUCAUCUCCGAGUUGGCGCGUUACAGCAACAGUGAGGUAAGAAUUAGUAUGCAAUUAAUAAUAAAUAAAGUUUAUGAUUCUAACAUUAAAGUCUCAAUAAAUACAAAUUGCCUUUAUCUGAAAUAACACACAGUGAUUUGUAGUAAAUGGGAAAUUGAAAUGCAACAUUUUAGGAAAUAUAGAUGAUGUGGAAAAAAAUCUAUAGUCACAGCUUGAUUAUUUUUCCUAAAUUUUGCAAUUCAGUUUUAAAUCCACUACAAUUUGCUACUUAAUGAAUAAAACACCUGGGGCCCCCAUAGCCACUGGCACAUUAAAAAGGAUUUUUCUUGUGGUGAUAAAGCUGUGCAUGGAUUCUUUAUCCCUCCCUUCACAGCUGACAGACUAUGUAUCCAAAUAGAUAGGAGAUCAAUUGUCAACAGAUAGUUUGCACCAGUACAACUAAAAUAAAAAAGAGAGACAUACAGGCACACUAAACCUAAACUGAACCAUUAUUUUUUAUUUAAUCCCUAUAUAUACAUAAUAUAUGUGUUUUUGGCUCCAGGACAUUUUUUGUUCAUAUUAAUAAAUUAAUUCAGACAUGUUUAGACAUGGCUAAAGGAAAACUCUAAACUCCUUAACACAUACAUAAUGGUUAUGGUGCCAGGAGGGAUUUAGAAAGUUUGACUUCUUACUUGGGGUCUGCCAGGUGUCACUCUCCACCACCACCACAUCAGUCAGAAAGCUGCAAACUCCUAUUUAGGAGUUUCCAUUAGCGUUCCUGAGCUGAACCCUGCAGUGCGGGACAAGCUCAUUGGUGGAGAGCGUCGGCUGGUGCCUCUCUUCUAAUGACCUGCACUGCCCGACUUAGCUCAGGCAGAGAUCUUCCAGCUCUCUGACUGAUGUAGAGAAGGUGGGUAGCUGUUCUAAAAUGGUCUGACAAGUCAGUGGGUAAGGGGCAUGCUCCUGGCACCAUACCCACUACUGUACUUGGGGUGUUUCUUUAAAACAAAUCUCUCACGUUUGUGGAAGUGACAGUUCCUCAAUACCUGACACUUGUAAUUGCUAUAUAAAGGAUUACUUGUGUUUAUUAAUGCAGCGUAGGCAAAUUCAAAAACCCAACACAAUUAUAUCUGCAACACUACUAUGACCACAUCAAUAUUAUCUUCUCAUGGUGCUCCAGGUCAUUUACAGUGCAUUCCUUUAGUAGUGCUAUUUUGCUUUAGUGCUUUAAUUGUAAAGCACCGAGUAAUAUGUUGGCACUAUAAAAAUGCCAAUAAUAAUAAUAAGUUCAAACCAAAUAGUUUAAAAAGUUACAUUCUUGCAUAGAGAUUUUUUCUUUAGUAUAUUAUUUAUACUUGUUUACCUGCUGACAGGUGGUGACUGGCUCAGGUUUGGACAGCCAGAAGUCUGACGAAGAAUACAGGGAGCUGUUUGACUUAGCUCUAAGGGGUCUGCAGUUACUGUCCAAGUGGAGUGCGCAUGUCAUGGAAGUGGUGAGUACUAGAGACCUAACAUUUCUAUUGGUCAGAACUAGAUGGCCGUUUAUUUAAGGGAUAACAUAAUUUUCCAGGAUUACUGAUAUAUUGUUUAUUCAUCUCUGUUUGUGAGGUGUGAAAAUUAAAUUAAGGGUAAAAACCCACACCUAUUUAUUCUGGAACUGGGUGCCUCCAUCUUUGCUCCCUGACAGUCAUUAUGCAACUAGCACUCAGCAAGGAAGAGGAGAAAUUAAACAAUGUUUACAUUUCUUAUCUUCAUGUGCAAUGUUACCAUGUCUGAACUGUAUUAUUAUGUAAUUUGCUAAAUGUUUAAAGCAGGGUUGUCCAAAAGGUAGAUCCCCAGAUGUUUUGAAUCUACAGAUUCCAUGAUGCUUUGUCAUUCUAAAGGCAGGCAAAACUUUAUCAGAGUUGUAGUUCUACAACAUCUGGACACCCCGGUUUAAAGGGACCAGCUUUUUUGACACCCCUGGUUUAGAGGGACACUUCAGACCCCUAAAGCUGGCUGAAGUGAUUUUUUUUGUGCUUCAGAGGAACAGACAGUCUUGCACUGCACCAACAGCAGUGGCAAGAGAAUAAGUAUACACAGUUAUACAGUAUAGGGCAGUCUAUAAUACAGCACAUAUUUUAGUAAGAAUAAGUUUUACGUUCAGGAGUGGUACAUAGAGUUGAGAGACAUUUUAGCAGAUAAUUACGAGAGUGAACGUGAGCGGCGUAGCUAACAAAUGUCAUAAGAGAGACUGCACUUUUUAUGAUAUGGAACAUGCUAGGCAUAUAGGAUAUAGCUCACGGCAGUACAAUGGUAACAGGUAUACAGGGAGUGCAGAAUUAUUAGGCAAGUUGUAUUUUUGAGGAUUAAUUUUAUUAUUGAACAACAACCAUGUUCUCAAUGAACCCAAAAAACUCAUUAAUAUCAAAGCUGAAUAUUUUUGGAAGUAGUUUUUAGUUUGUUUUUAGUUAUAGCUAUGUUAGGGGGAUAUCUGUGUGUGCAGGUGACUAUUACUGUGCAUAAUUAUUAGGCAACUUAACAAAAAACAAAUAUAUACCCAUUUCAAUUAUUUAUUAUUACCAGUGAAACCAGUAUAACAUCUCAACAUUCACAAAUAUACAUUUCUGACAUUCAAAAACAAAACAAAAACAAAUCAGUGACCAAUAUAGCCACCUCUCUUUGCAAGGACACUCAAAAGCCUGCCAUCCAUGGAUUCUGUCAGUGUUUUGAUCUGUUCACCAUCAACAUUGCGUGCAGCAGCAACCACAGCCUCCCAGACACUGUUCAGAGAGGUGUACUGUUUUCCCUCCUUGUAAAUCUCACAUUUGAUGAUGGACCACAGGUUCUCAAUGGGGUUCAGAUCAGGUGAACAAGGAGGCCAUGUCAUUAGAUUUUCUUCUUUUAUACCCUUUCUUGCCAGCCACGCUGUGGAGUACUUGGACGCGUGUGAUGGAGCAUUGUCCUGCAUGAAAAUCAUGUUUUUCUUGAAGGAUGCAGACUUCUUCCUGUACCACUGCUUGAAGAAGGUGUCUUCCAGGAACUGGCAGUAGGACUGGGAGUUGAGCUUGACUCCAUCCUCAACCCGAAAAGGCCCCACAAGCUCAUCUUUGAUGAUACCAGCCCAAACCAGUACUCCACCUCCACCUUGCUGGCGUCUGAGUCGGACUGGAGCUCUCUGCCCUUUACCAAUCCAGCCACGGGCCCAUCCAUCUGGCCCAUCAAGACUCACUCUCAUUUCAUCAGUCCAUAAAACCUUAGAAAAAUCAGUCUUGAGAUAUUUCUUGGCCCAGUCUUGACGUUUCAGCUUGUGUGUCUUGUUCAGUGGUGGUCGUCUUUCAGCCUUUCUUACCUUGGCCAUGUCUCUGAGUAUUGCACACCUUGUGCUUUUGGGCACUCCAGUGAUGUUGCAGCUCUGAAAUAUGGCCAAACUGGUGGCAAGUGGCAUCGUGGCAGCUGCACGCUUGACUUUUCUCAGUUCAUGGGCAGUUAUUUUGCGCCUUGGUUUUUCCACACGCUUCUUGCGACCCUGUUGACUAUUUUGAAUGAAACGCUUGAUUGUUCGAUGAUCACGCUUCAGAAGCUUUGCAAUUUUAAGAGUGCUGCAUCCCUCUGCAAGAUAUCUCACUAUUUUUGACUUUUCUGAGCUUGUCAAGUCCUUCUUUUGACCCAUUUUGCCAAAGGAAAGGAAGUUGCCUAAUAAUUAUGCACACCUGAUAUAGGGUGUUGAUGUCAUUAGACCACACCCCUUCUCAUUACAGAGAUGCACAUCACCUAAUAUGCUUAAUUGGUAGUAGGCUUUCGAGCCUAUACAGCUUGGAGUAAGACAACAUGCAUAAAGAGGAUGAUGUGGUCAAAAUACUCAUUUGCCUAAUAAUUCUGCACUCCCUGUAGGUAGAGAGCUUGACGUGUAGCUAUAACUAAAGAAACCACUAUAAUAGAAAGAAUGGUUUCAGGCCAACAUGAAAUCAGUGCAGGCUAGGAAUAGACUAUCAGAGUAUAGAGAUGCACACUAUAGGCACUGUGACUGAAAAAUCCUCCAACACCAUGGGUAAGUGCUCCUCAGGUUUGUGCUUUUUAGCCUGCUGCUCCCUAAGUGCCAAUUUUCUCCAGAAGACAUUGAAUAGGUUGUCCAACCUAGCCAGCAAGUUAGGCUUCUCUUUGUUGUACUUGGGAGCACAUGUUGGUUCCGCCAUUUUGCUUGACACCGCUUUUACAUUCUGCUUGCACAGCACCAUUGUGUGAGUUCGUUGCAGGUGGGUUGCCUCUCAGGAGCGAACCCUGGGGAGGGGGAGGUAAGGGUAAAAUUUUGGUAGAUCCACACCUCUGUUGCAGGGACAAGGAGAGGGGCCGUCUCUCCCCAGCGCUGUCAUCUGCAGGCCGCUUUGAACCAUCUCGGGCCCCUGAUCACCAAAAACAUUUGGGUAAAGUAUCAGGCUUUUCACCAGGGUACCCCGAACUCAGGUAGUACACCCCGGUUUUUGUGCAAUCUCGGUUAUGGUGAGUAUUCUUAGAUAAUCGGCUAAUAAAGCAGGAGCCCAGCUAUCAUGCGACUGCUCAGCUUGCUUGUUAGGCCCAGCCCAGGCUGAAGUGAUUUAUGUGUGAAGAGUGUGAUCAUUUUUUUCAUUUUACAAAAAGUUUAAAUUGACACUUUUAUAAAGAAACCUUGUUAUACCCCGCUGGCUGUCAUUCAGACAACUGGUCCUGUUUCUUGUUACUUAACGCAGCGGAGCUAAACGCAAAAGGCAGACAAUUGCUCAGAGCACCUGUCUUGCAAAUACUUCUCAUUGAGCUGCAUUGUGAAGUCUAUGAUUGGACAGCCACAGAAGGUCUGGGCUGGAGAAGAAGUGGAGGAUUUGAAAAGGCUUCAGACAAGACAUCUUCAACUCUUUGUGAUAUACCGAUGAGCAAAAAUGUGUAUCUACUAAAUAGUGAUUAUUAUUUAUUUUGAAUUUGGGCAAUACAUAAAAAAAAAAAAAAAGUUUAUAAGGAAAAGGUUUUCAAAAAUUCUUUAUUUUUGUUGUGCAGAUAAAUACAAAGAUGCCUGUUAUGCCACAACAGCAGAAGCAAGCUCAGUUAUAGCAACAUAGUAAACACAAGUAUGGCAUUUGAUAAUCAGCACAUUUUUGUAGGUGUAGGAAUAAACAGUGUUAUUCAGGCUUGAUAGACAUGUCUUAGCAUACAACUUAGAGAGGAUAUUCAGGCACAGAAAAUAUAGUAGACAUGGUGAUUGCAUAGAAAAAUUAAAUCAUGCUGGCAAUGUAUGUACCACAUUAUACGAUGUAGAACAGAGGCAUGCUUGAGGUACAUACUAGGCAAAACCAAAUAAACGUUAACUGCAGGAGAGUGUCCCAAUGUAUAAGUGGGUAAGAAAUAAUGGUAGGGUUAUACGCUAGUUAUGCGACCUGCCUGCACCUCAUGGUAGAGGGCCAAUGCAUUAAAGGUAUGGCAGAUCCUUCCCCACAUGGGGUUUGAAGUGCUGACUCCACUUCUCCUGCUCCAGGUGAGAGACUUGUGCCAUGAGAGAUGAUCUGCUCUGAAUCUUGGCCCAGAAUUCGUCAAACAGCCGGUCGAGUGCUUCUGAGAGAUGGUCUCGGAGAGGGCCUUGUGUCGGUGCGUGCUGCUCUGGCGCCAUCUUGGAUAAUGCCCGCAUACACAGUAAUAGUGAGGCACACUGUAUGUCCGGUGGGGGGGGAGGGGGACGCAGGGCCUAGUAGUCGAGUUAACGAUCAGGUGCUGGGGAAGCAGCCGUCUCCCCAAUGUGUUCAUCUGCCGCGGCCCCGGAAGCUGCAGUCUGCCUUUGCUCGGGCCAGUCAGCGAAAGAUGCACCUUCCCUUUAGCAACGUGCAGGGUCACCACCAAGCAGAAGCAUCAGCCAGAGUAAGCUAGAAUCAGGAGUUAUUUUCAAUAUUUUGUGAGAGCUAGCACAGAAUGCGACUGUCGAGCAUGGCGGUCAGGCCUCGGCGCCCGACCCCAAUUUUAGGUGAUUUUGAAUGUUUUGUUCAGUGCAGUAAAUUGACAAGUGACAGUUCCCCUUUAAGUCAGUCAUAAUUCUGAUUGGAAAAUGCUUUAAGCUUGAAAUUUUAAAAAAAAUCCUGUGCUGGAUUCUACAGCAGUGCUGGUACUAUGAUGUGAGAAGAUUUUAUCCAAGCAAAUAUCUUUGCUUAGAUUCAUUACAAAUAUAAGAAGAAAAAAAGUUGAUUUAUUAGAACAAGCAGUAGGAAUUUCUCCAGUGAAUGCUAGUUUAAUUUCCAGCUUCAAGUUCUAAGUGUGUAAACUGCUCAGUUAGCUUUCUGGAGGGGAGGUCACAAUUCAGAUUGCAAGUAACACUGUGAAGGAGAGCAUGGAGCCUGAAACGUGAUAAUAACUGUAUAAGGAGUAUCCAUUAUCCAUUAUUAUUUCUUUUUAUUAUAGUGGCAUUGCUUCAGACACUAAAAGGGCAAAUAAAAGAAAUAUCAUAGUUAUACACAAGUGAAAAUUGUGUUUUCCCCAUCUGAUAUUCUACCUUGCUCUGCAGUUUUCACAUUUAAUUUGGUCAGAUAUUUUUGCUGUUAUGUAUAUGGCUAUCAGGAACAAAUAUUUGUUUGGCAAUAAAACGUGUAACUAGGUAUGUAGGAUUUGAGUGAUAAAAGUUUAUUUCCAUCUUGUUCAUUCAACACAAUGAAAGGGAUUGCAAGUGUUUACAUACAAUGGUAAACAAUCAGCAACCUGGCCUCCUUUAAGUCUGACUAACCUUGACACUGUUUAUCAGCCUUAGAGAAACAAUGUAGCUUUAUGAGUACAAACAUGUAUUCCUACAGAGCCUAUUCUACUAUUUGAAUGUGAACCCUAAAUUAAUUUUUUUUAAAGAAAAUAAAGAGUAUUAGCCAUCUUUUUUUCCCGGAGCGAGACUCACUCUAUGCAGCCACCCACUCUUCCUCUGGUGACGUCAUCCCGCAGGCAGUCUCAUCUUUGUCUUCUCGUCCAGUCUAAUGCUUCUCAUAGUGAAACCUCUAUGAGAAGCAUUUGAGGAUAUUGAUGUUCUCAAGCAAUGGGUAAGGACCAUAGGCGUGCGCAGCCUAUUGCAUUAGGGUGUGCACCCUAAAGCACAAACACACGCCACGCGCGUGUGUGUGUGUAUGUAUCUAUAUAUAUAUAUAUAUAUAUAUAUAUAUAUAUAUAGAUAGAUAGAUAAACACACACACACUGCUGUGUGUGCUGUUAGUGUGCUGUGUGCUGUUAGUGUGAUGUGUGUGUGUGAGGGUGCGUGUUUGUGACUGUGCUGUUUGUGUGUGAGGGUGUUUGUGUGUGUAUGUUUGUCCUGUGAGGGUGCUGUUUGUGAGGGUGCUGUUAGUGUGCUGUGUGUGAGGGUGUUGUGUUUUUUUUAAAGGUGCUGUGUGUGUUUGUGAGGGUGCAGUUAGUGUACUGUGUGUGUGUGAGCUGUAUGUGUGUAGGUGCUGUAUGUGUGUGUGCUGUAUGUUUGGAGGGAUUUGGCAGAUUAGUAAAUCCUUGCUGCCAUGUGCCAUCCCUGGUGGUCCAGUGGAGAGUGAACUCUAGCCUGCGGGGCUAGAGUUAACUCUCGCGAGAUCUGAGCGUUGCCGCAGCAACGCUCAGAUAUCGCGAGAGGAACCUGGCGGAGCUUCUGUCUAGAGCUCCCUGGGUCCUCUACUGCCUCCCUCCAUGCUGCUGUGGGCCGGUGAGGUAGAUCUUUGGUCUCCCCGCCGGCCCAUGAAGGCUUAGAGCAGAGCCGGCACUCAGAUAGCGCCGGCUCUGCGUGUGUGUGUGUGUGUAUAUAUGUAUAUAUGUAUGUGUAUAUAUAUAUAUAUAUAUAUAUAUAUAUAUAUAUAUAUGUAUAUGUGUACACACACUCACAGACACACACACAUACUCACAGACACACACACACUGACACACACACAUACUCACACACACAAAUUAUUAUAUUUUAAUUUUAAAAAACAAUGUCCACCCAGCCUCCUACCUGGAGUGCUGGCGUGGACUUGUCCCUGGGGUCCAGUGGGGCGGGCGCCUCUGUGCAGCUCAGCGCGCGGCGAGGGAGCUGUCUGCUGGAGCUGGGAGACGGAAUAUGAAGUCAUAUUCUGGCUUCCGGCAUCAGCGCGCGGCGAGAGGGAGCAGAGCGCAGACAGCAGAGAGCUCCCUCGCCGCGCGCUGAGCUGCAGAGAGGGGGUGCGGAUCCAUCACCUCUUGCCCUCCCCAUGACAGGGGCAAGAGGUGAAACAGGGGGCACUGAGUGCCUGCAGGAACAGCGUUCCUGCUCAAAAAAAGUGCAGGAACACUGUUCCUGCAGGACUCAAACCAUAGGCGUGCCACGGGGAUUAGGGUGUGCCCAGGCACACCCGGCACACCCCGUGCGCACGCCUAUGGUAAGGACAUUGACUGUUAUGCAACCGAGUCUGACUUGAUCAUAGCAAUGGACGCAUCCUCUAGUGGCUGCCAGGAAGAAACCCACCAUAGGCGUGUUUAGCUCUGCAAUGUAAAUAUAUUACUGUAUCUACAAAAUUGCAAUGUUUUACAUUUGAGGACUAAAACAACAGGGCCAAUGCACCCAGACAACUUCAAGGAGGGGAAGUGCUCUGGGUGACUAUAGUGGUCCGUUAAUUAAAAAUUGCUGACCACUGUUUAUACUGUGGUGUCCUGAUGAAAGUUCCUUAGGGGAGCUGAAACGUUGAUGUACUUUUUAGAAUAAAGAAGAUUUUGAUUUGGAAAACCUUGGAGUGCCGGUAUUUUCCCACUUUAUAUAUAUAUAUAUAUACAUAUAUAUAUAUAUUUUUUAUUUUUAUUUAUUUAUUAUUUUUUUUUAUAUCAGCUGAAAUGGUUACUAGUCAUUUUUAAGGCUCUGGAGUUCAACCAAACUAGAGUUGUAGUUGUAAAAUAAUCAUGGAAAUCUCUGAAAAGGCAGUAUUUACAUUAAAAAGCAUGCAGGGACAGGCUAUUAACACCAGAACCACUACAUUAAGUUGUAGUGGUUCUGGUGACUAUAGUGUCCCUUUAAAUCCUCGUAUUGUAGUCACAGUUAUAACUAAACUCAGCAGUUCUUUAGAUGUGACUAUUAAAGUUCCAAGUUGCAGAGAGAUCCUGCCAGGUUACAUUGUUCGUUAAAAUGCAACAAAAAUUAGCUUGGUUCUCUGAAUAGACACAAACUAUUCUCACAAUAAUUAUUGUUCUAGUGCUCGGGAGAUCAUUGUCCCCACUAAUGUGAUUUUUGUCUGCUUUUAUUCUUUGCCCAGUAUUCGUGGAAGCUGGUUCAUCCCACUGACAAGUUCUGUAACAAAGAUUGCCCUGGAACCGCAGAAGAAUAUGAACGAGCCACACGGUAUAAUUAUACCAGUGAAGAGAAAUUUGCUUUUGUGGAGGUAUGGGAAAAUUUCCAGGACAAUCUCAGUCUUCAUCUAGACAUUAUGAAUUUAUUUUCUGCCAUAUAUUGCACAGGACAUCUGAAUCUUGGAUUGUUCUAGAGGCAUGCAAAUAAAUGUCCUGUAAACAGGGCCGCCAUAAGGGGGUGACAACCAUGACGGUUGUCAUGGGCCCGGCGGUCCUGGUGAGCCCGGACUGCUUUGGCAGUCCAGGGCCCCACAAUUACUCUCUGCACAUAUAUAUAGCGAUCAUCGCCAUAUAUAUGUGCAGCCACGGGCCCCCGGCUCCCUGUAUUUGCAGAGGAGGCACAGCGGACUGCAGGAGCACUUUACAGCAUUUCCCUGUCUCUAACUCCCAUGGCAAUGCUCCGCGCGGCGCGCACACCACGUCUCACGGGAGUUAGAGAUAAGGAACUGCUGUAAAGUGCUCCUGCAGUCCACUGGGCCCCCUCUGCAAAUACAGGGAGCCGGGGGCCCCACCAUGCCACCGGACCACCAGGGUUCAUAGAAUCUUCCCCCCUCCCUGAACCAGGUAAGAAGCAGGGAGGGGGGAAUAGCUUUCAUUACAUUACAUGCAUACACUAGUACAAACACACACACUGCAUCCACUACACUAACACACACACUGCAUCCACUACACUAACACACACACUGCAUUCACUAACACACACUCUGCAUUCAAUACACUGACACACACACUGCAUUCACUACACUGACACACACACUGCAUUCAUUACGCUGACACACACUCUGCAUUCACUACACUGACAAACACUCUGUAUCCACUCCAGACCUCGUGCUUUGUCAAGGGGCCCCAAAAUUUCUGGUGGCGGCCCUGCCUGUAAAUCUUUAUAAUAAAAAAGAGCAUUGAUCAUGAAAUAUAGGGGCAACAGUAACUUGUAAUGCUCCAGGCCAUACUCUGACAUCCAUGUUGUUAUGUAUAUCGUAACUCGUUAUUUAUAUAUAUAUAUAUUUAUAUAAUACGUCUGCACUCAUCCAAAUACUUAUGCCCGGUGCAAAUACUUAUGCAAUAAACAAAAAAAAUCAAAGAAUAGACAUCACUCUAUGGUCUUUUUUUUUUUGCUAAAACUUAGCUUAUAUAUAUAUUUGUCAGGGUCUCACAAAAGGCAGUGUUUACAUUACAGAGUCUGACUGCACGCACAGUCUGUGUACAUAAGAACCACUGUAUUAAGCUGUAGUUGUUAUGGCGCUUAGAGCGUCCCUUUAAAUGGAAACUCUAUGUCCAAAAUGCAUUUCUUUCAAUCAAUGUGAAUUAUUUAAAAAGUUUGAACUUACUUAACUACUAAAAUACUUAUUUCCUAAGCCUUAAAAACAUAAAUUUCAUUACCUACAGAAAUGAUCUAUGUAUCUAAUCAAGAUGUACCCCUUUUUGCCCAUCAGUGACCCCAUUUUCAAGUCAAAUGCUUGUCAGAGAGAAGCAUUAGGGAGACAUCUCCAUUCUAAAUCUUCUGAGAGAUGGGUGGUUUUAUUAAGACUUGGGCUCUAUUAGUUCAAGUGCUAUUUUAACUAUUCAUUUUAUUUGCCUAUUUAAGUGGCGACUUGCCAUAUAAAGCUGUUGUGAACUAAAAAAAUCUCUGAUGAGGGUCAACCAUGAGAUUUGAAUUAUAUUCUAUUAUUACCACUGGCAGGCUACAUUUCUGCGAUGUAAUUAGAUGUGUUCUCUCUCAGUUCAGAAGAAGACCUUAAAGUUAUAUGCUUUAAAUAAAAUUCAAUUUCACUUUAUAGAAUAUAUAAAUAAAAACAAAAAACCCAGAAUUUAAUUAAUCAUUCAACAUAGUAUUAUAGUAAAUAUAGAGAGUGUAAAAUAGCCAUCUCCUACUGAUGAUAUUUAUGAACCAAGUUUCUAUUAUUCAAAAUUCCAAAGCCAACUAUACUUCCAUUUCAGCUAAUUUGGUCUAAAUUUUUUAAUUCACUUUGAAUCUACAACUUGAAUAACACUGACUGUUUUAUUGUGCAUUUCACGUUUGAACAUGUGUUUUGUAGGUGAUUGCAAUGGUGAAGGGUCUACAGGUGCUCAUGGGUCGGAUGGAGAGUGUGUUUAAUCAAGCCAUACGCAAUACAAUAUAUGCUGCACUACAGGAUUUUGCUCAGAGCAUCCUCCGCGAGCCUCUCAGACAGGCAGUGCGCAAGAAGAAAAACGUGCUGAUUAGGUAUGAGUCUUUAAACCAUCCAAGGGAUGGGGUUUAUCAGUGGGUUAAAUAAUGGCGGAUUUUGCCUGAUGAUUAGUUUUAACAUGUUGCAUUAAAGAAUAUUGUUGUGAAGAUUAUGCAAUAGCUUACUUUACAUUAAAAUAUCUUGGAAUGUAUGAUCGGCUCUCGCAAUGUAUGAGAGAUACCCUCUGCAUCAUGUACCAUGUUUUUUAUAUUUUUACUUCUUCUACUAUCUAUUUUGAUAAAAUCUAUAAAUUGGGGGAAAAACGAGAAAAAAAAACUAUAUAUUGGGGAAAAAAAUAUCCUGAAAUGUAGGAUUCCUGUCAUGACCAUCCGAUUGGCCGAAGAGUACUUACCGCUCUCUUUGAAUGCUGAAAUGCUGCCAUCCAUACCAAGCCUGGUUUUGAAAGCCACACAAAUCUUUCUUUUACAUGCACAAUACAAAAGAUUAGUGACUGUAGCUAUAGGUAAGCCACAUUCGUAUACCCCUUCAUGUUACACUCAGGCUUUACCUGUAAAGUAUUACCAUUUUUGGGUAUGGUAUUUGAUUGUAAAUUCAGUUCUGCAUUCAGACAGCUUCUUGAAAAAAAAAAAAAAAUUUGCUAUGUAAUAAAGUUCAUUGAUUAUCAAUAUUGUUAUGAGAUUCAUAGUUAUGAUUGUGCAAAACAGUCUUAAUUUACUGCAUGUCUCAUAAAAGUGUGCAGUAGAUAUAAUGUGUUAUUGUAAUUCCUAAAUAGAGUAUAGCAGUGAUAUCAAACCAUGGAACAGAAAAGUUGUUGUACAGCAUUUGCAUAAUUCUUUGUAAUCAGAUGUCUGCCGGACUGACUCGUUUUCUUUUCCCACUUUUUAGUGUCCUACAGGCUAUACGUAAGACAAUCUGUGACUGGGAGGGAGGUCGAGAACCACCCAAUGAUCCGUGCCUACGUGGAGAGAAAGAUCCAAAAGGUGGUUUUGAUAUCAAAGUUCCUCGGAGAGCAGUUGGACCUUCCAGUACACAGGUCAUUAUUAGACUCCAAAAUUAUUUAAUUUCUUUGUAGUUACAAUGCUUUGUGUGUGGGGUCAAGGACAUCACUUAAAUACUUAAGACACACUUGUUUUCCUAAAUAAAAUAUUGAACUACACCAAGCAAUCUGUUCAGCAAAUUAAAAUUAAUUAAUGUAAUUUAAUGCAACUUAAAACUUUGCAAUAUUAACCAAAAAACAUUUGAACCAAAAAAACGAAGUAUCACUUUAUUACGUUAACAUAUUCUCAUACAGUUCAUUUUUGUAUAUUUUAAGCAGAUGGGUACAUCCCAUGUGUUUCCUCUUGUCGUGGGUUAAUAUUAUUUUUUUCUUGUUACAUUCUCAGUUAAUUGUUUCAUGUUUUAUUAAUUAUUGUUUUUUUAUUGUUGUGUGGUUUUGUUCUCCAGCUUUAUGUUUGAGCAUUAUCAUAUUAUUCCCCUUUCUAUGAUUAUUAUAAAUUAUAAAUAUGAAUAUUUAAUUUAAUCAUGGCUUGAUUCUCACUGUGAAAUAACCCUUGUUAAGCAUGGUAUAUUUCCACAGCCCAUAUAAUUAUUCCUGUUAUUAUCUCUUUGUGUAGCUGUACAUGGUUCGCACAAUGCUAGAGUCUCUGAUUGCUGAUAAAAGUGGCUCAAAAAAGACAUUACGCAGCAGCCUGGAUGGACCUAUCGUACAAGCCAUUGAAGAGUUUCACAAGCACUCCUUCUUUUUUACUCACCUACUGAACUUCAGCGGUAAAUGGCUAAUAUAGCAGAGUUACUAUGUCUAUAGAAAUUUCUAAGAUUUGUGCAAAGUUCACUUGAAGGAAACACUAAGCCAACAGUAGACAACCUGCACUCAAGAUGUUGUGGACUACAUCCCCCGAUGCUUUGCCAGCAUUAUAGCUGUAAGAGCACUAUGGGAGAUGUAGUCUAAAACAGGAGUGCCACAUUUUGUCUACCUCUGCACAAAGCAGUCCAUCAGAAUACAGCUAAAACUGAAACAUGCAUAGUGAACCUUUCUGUUAUCAGAUGUAGGUUUCCUUGAGCAAUGAAAGGGUGCUCUGUUUCAGAAUGCAUAUUCAUUUUUGAGCUUCACUAAUUUUGAUGUUUAAUACAAACAAUUUAUGUUGAAGCAGCACUGACUCUAGAAAGAGGCUGUAUUUAGGCACCCGUAAAAAAAGUGGGGAAAAAAGUCUAAUGCACACAUUUAUAAUGAAGUGAUAUUACUUUUUUUAGAUUAUGUUUUUAUUAGUUUGAUGAAUGUAAGCCUCUUUGUUGUUGUUGUUUUCUUUUUAAUUUAGUUGUAUUUCUGAUUUUCAGAGGCUCUGCAGCAGUGCUGUGACCUUUCCCAGCUCUGGUUCCGUGAAUUCUUCCUGGAGCUUACCAUGGGAAGGCGCAUCCAAUUCCCUAUUGAGAUGUCGAUGCCAUGGAUCCUUACUGACCACAUCCUAGAGACUAAGGAACCGUCCAUGAUGGAGUAAGAGAUUGUGGAAAUCUCACAAUAGUCAUCACUCAGUUGUCUAAACAGAAAUCAGUUGUAGCCUAUUAGGAGUCCUUAGUGCAAAAUGUACCUGAUGAAAUCAGGAUGUCCAAUACUUUUGGUAUUAAUCAAUGGGGUAUUGAUACAACCUAAAGCUAAAAGACUAGUUUUAGUAACAGAGCUGUACAAUUUGACUAACGUUUUAAAGGGAGUUGUUUCACGCCAGAGCUUGUGCAUUUCAAACUGCCACUCCUUUGUUCCAGUACUUAUUUUCUUGUUCAUGGAAAUACGUAAAAUUAGAAGAAUAUGCAAAAAUAAACUAUAAUAGCAGAACAAGGUGAGUGGGAUUGCUUUCAAUCCUAUCCAUACAAACCCAAAAGGGAGGCUAAUGUCAGAAUCAUAUUAAUGAGGUUUUGUAUUCGUGUGUAUUUGUAUUAACAUUUAUCCUGUAUUCGUAUUAACAUUUAUCCUGUAUUCGUAUUAACAUUUAUCCUGUUCCCUAGGUAUGUGCUGUAUCCUUUGGAUCUGUAUAAUGACAGUGCUUACUAUGCUCUCACUAAAUUCAAGAAGCAGUUUCUCUAUGAUGAGAUUGAAGCUGAGGUGAGUGCUGCAUUUCUGACAGUAGUAGAGAUCUCCGUAUAAUGCCCUAACGUGAAAUAGUUUAUUUUGUGAAAUUAAGUUUAUCUUUUUUGAAUUGUAGAAGUUUCAGGUAUUACUUCUUAAAAACCCUCUAAUUGUUCGCUUUUUGUUUCCAAUUUUCACACGAAUGCACACUAAAAGUAUAUUUUAUUUUCUUAUGAACAACAUUAAGGGAGACAAAAGUUAUAUUGGCAAAAAAAACUACUGUUGAGAUGCCAAUGAUACAGCAAUGUCACCAAACAGGAAGUUGUUGGUUAUAAUGUUGUACUUCUUGCACAAGAUGACAUACAUUUUGCAUCAAUACUGUCGCAUUUACAGAUAAUUUAAAUGUAUUUUUCACUGUGAAUUUAUCUAGAGGUUUUAUAUCUGUCUGUCUGUCUUUAUGUCCGUCUAUUUGCUUGUCUCUCUCUCUGUCUGUCUUUAUCCAUCUCUCUCUCUCUUUAUAUAUAUAUAUAUAUAUAUAUAUAUAUAUAUCUGUGUAUCUAUCUAUCUAUCCUCAUUUUCCAAUCAAGAUCUAUUUUUCUAUAAAUUCCUGUGCUCUUGUGUACUUGUCCUGCAGCAUACGUUUCUCAUGGUUUUCUCGGGGUUUUGUUUGAUAUAUCAAUGAAACCCUUUAAUUGGUUCUCUUUGUUCUGUUUGCUUUUGUACAACUCUCUAGAUAAACUUUUCAAAUUAUUUAUAAACACAAAAGACAUCCCAUAGACUUAAAUGGUGACAUCUUUAGAUAAAUCAUUUAAACAGUUGAUCCAAAAAUAUUGAAUAAUUUGUAAAGCUUAUCCAAAAAUGUUCAAACCAAGGCAAUGAUUACAUAUGAAAGAACUCAUGUGCUAGUAAUUAUUGUCUUGCUGCUCUACCAAAAGCUAAAUUAUAAAUUAUGCCACUGGGCAUUAAACUUAUUCUCAAUUAGGGUAACGUUCUGUUUCUCUUCUAUAAAUUGUACCUAAAUAUUGCCUACUUUCCUCAAUGUCAUAAGUUGGUGUUUUCUUUUACUUUUGCUACAGGUCAAUCUGUGCUUUGAUCAAUUUGUGUACAAGUUAUCUGAUCAGAUCUUUGCAUAUUACAAAGCCAUGUCAGGCAGGUAAGAAUUGCAAACUUUCACACCCUCAACCAAAACCGAGAAACAUAAACUCAAUGUACAGGAGCCUGUGUAGCUCAGUAUAUUUGAUUGGAAUCAGGGGAAAGUUCAGCAUCUCCAUGCAUAGAGUGGAGACACUUAAGGUCAGUGCUGUACACUGUGCAGCACUGCCCCAGGCCGCACCUCUAGUGAAUGUCUGAGGAGUGAUACCUAGAGGUGUUCAAAUGCUGUAAUGUAAACACCUCCUUUUUCUGAAAGGCAGUGUGUACAUUAAAAAGUCUGUUGGGACUGACUAUACUUACCAGAACAACUAUACAAAUCAUUAUAAAGAUAAAAUGCACAAGUGAAAAGAAAAUUCAGUAAAUUUGCAUAAUUAGAUUUUUUUUAAAGGAACGCUAUAGUUUUUGGGAUACAAACACUAUUCCUAACACUAUAGUGUCUCUCUGCCCCACCCCCUUCUGCAUAGCAAUUAAUGGGUUAAAAAUCAAUACCCAAAAAAUGCAUGACAUCCAACGUUGUUUCACUGCUUUAAACUCUGUGAAACAGCAGAAGGCUCCUCUACUGGUUGUCUGGUAGGUACAAAAUUACUCCAUACAUAAAAUUACUUUUUUUUGUACAUGCAUCAUUUUUGCAUUGUUCCUCCAAACAUAUACAGUACUUCCUACACCAGUUUUCACAAACCAUAAACAGUCCUUGAUUUAGCGACCACCCAGUUUGUCCAGUGGAGGAUACAAGUUAAACAGGUCAUUAGUGGCACAGAGCAAACUGAUUUCAGAAGCACUGUAUUAAGGAAUACAUUUAGAGAAUUAAAAUGUUGUUCUAACCAUCUUGUCUUCUCUCUUCUACAGUGUUUUGCUUGAUAAACGCUUCCGUGCAGAGUGCAAGAAUUACGGCGUGAUUAUUCCAUAUCCACCAUCUAAUCGUUAUGAAACUCUCCUUAAGCAGCGCCAUGUGCAGGUGGGAGACAUGGAUUUUUGGGGGAGAAUCUAUGCACCAACAUAUAUUAAGUACAUGUGAUAAGUUUUGGCCUCAUGUUCAUGCUGUAUUUUUAUCCACAAUCAAAUCUCAUUACUUUUGCCAAAAAUUACUUCCUUAUUAGACAUAUAUUAUUAGACAUAUAUUGACUACGUACUCAACUCCGUGUCAAACGAUCUGCACACAUGACUCUGCCCCAUAGUCAAUCACUGUCUUUUUAAUAUCUGCCCUCUUUCCCGUGGUUGUUUGUAGCUAAGACAUGUUAUCAGCUUCACUCAUACUGAUCUCAUAUUAGAGCCUGAUAAGGUGCCUGUAGGUACAAAAUUCUAGAGCCCCCUGCUCUCCAACCCAACAAAAGACAGUUCUAAAGAAUGUGUUAACUAGACAUUGCAGGCCUAAAAACAUCUAAAAUAAAAUAUUCAUAUUUGACAACUGCAUAGGUAUAAAUGUAAGUAUGUGCGUACACUGAUUAGCCACAACAUUAAAACCACGUACAGGUGUAAUUAAUAACAUUGAUAAUAGAGGUGGGACAUACUAGGCAGCAAGUGAACAGUCAGUUCUAGAAUUACAUGUGUUGGAAGCACAACAAAUAUUGGCCAAAGGAAAAAAUCUGAGUGAUUUUGACAAGUACCAAACUGUGAUGGCUAGAUAACUGGUUUAGAGCAUGUCCAAAACAUCAUGUCUUGUGGGGUGUUCCCAGUAUGUAGUGGUUAGUAUCUACCAAAAGUUGUGCAAGGAAGGACAACCGGUGAACCGGCGUCAUGGUCUUGGAUGGCCAAGGCUCAUUGAUGCUCGUGGGGAGCGAAGCCUAGUGUUAACGGUCUUACCUUGGUUGGAGUCCGAAGUGCAGAGAUGUUUGCUCACCCUUGCAGAUAAACACAACCGAGAGUAACCAGGUACACCUGGGCUGUGAAUUUUCUUUCCGGAUGGCUGAAGACAGUGGCAUACCAGAAGCUGCAGAAUAAAAGUUCUAUCUUGGACAACUGGGAGUCAUUUAUAACCACUAUGGACUCUCAGUGCCUUACCUCCAAGAAAGCUACUCCCAAGCCUGCUCCUAAUGAACUGACCCUUCAUGGAGUCCGCAGAGAUGUGCAAGAUGCUUACACAGCAAGUGUCCAGCCUGGCCCAGACUGUUUCGGAGCAGCAAUGAGAAGUUCAGAAGGUGCAGAAGGAUGUAUUGGCAUUUAAAGGAACGGUACACACAUCCCUGGAACCUGCAUAUCCAGAACCCUUUGUGAUUAUGCCUCGCAGGUUCUAUGGUUCCCGUUUCUCAUUUACAACGUUCAGGAUGGAUUUUUUGCUCCUGUUUGCCCUUAAGCCCAGGACCUAUUACAGCAACUUUGUCAAGGUUUGUUCCACUGUUAAUCUGCUUUCCGGAUGGCUGAAGACGUGGGCAUACCAGAAGCUGCAGGAGAAAAGCGCUAUCUUGGGACAACUGGGAAUCAUUUAUAACCACUAUGGACUCUCAGUGGCUUACCUCCAAGAAAGCUACUCCCAAGCCUGCUCCAGGUACCCAAGAUCUGCGGGAACCUGGAGAAGGCUUGGAAGUAGCUUUCUUGGAGGUAAGGCACUGAGAGUCCAUAGAGGUUAUAAAUUACUCCCAGUUGUCCAAGAUAGCACUUUUCUCCAGUCAGUUCAUUGACUCUGGUUCACGUUUUUGGUUUCUGUUUCUGCAUAUCAAGAUCGUGUGUUCUCCAGUUUGUUCCCGGCUCCUGACCUUGGCUCUUUUCAUUGUUUUCUCUGACCUCUGGCUUCCCUCACUUCGGCUUUCCAUGACUACUCUUCUGCUUGUCCUUGCCUGUACUGCAACUUGGCGUUAUAUCCCUGCACAGCCUCCAUGCACAGACUCACAGGCCAGGUGGAUUCUUACCUGGUCACCUUGGUCUGUGUUUAUAAGCAAGGGUGAAUGUAUAUCUCUGCAUACCGGACUCCGCAUCAGGUAAGAACCCUGACACCUAGCCUGUCUGAUCAAAUCACACAGAAGAGCUACUAUAGCUCAAAUUACUGAAAACCUUAAUGCUGGACAUGAUAGAAAGGUGUCAGAACACACAUCGAAAUUUGGUGCACAUGGGGCUGCAAAGCCGCAAUCUGCCUGGUCACGUUUUUUUUUAGAUCAGGUGAAUGGCUGACUGCAUGUGCAUCAUUUGUCUGGGGAAGAGAUGGCAGCAGGAUGCACCAUGGGAAGAAGGACGGCCAACAUCAGCGGUAAGCAAUCUUUGGCACUCCUGAUGCUGCCGUGAGCAUUGUCUCCCAUAAUGUUCUUACAGACAAAUUACUGGCAAAUAAUCAGGGGAGAUGUAGUCUACAACAUCUGGAGUGCCAAAUGAUGCUUACCCCUGAUACACAUACUAAAAAGGAGCAUUUAAAGUUAUAUCUCAAGGGAGCAUUCAAGACACAAUGACCAUUCAGCACACUUGCAGCAGUUAUAGUACCUAGAGUCCCUGGGCACUGUGCCAGCAAUCUGUCUAACUGUUAACACACAGGUUGACUCUUAUCUUGCAGACAUCAGCGUAGGAACCAGAUUAAAUAUGGGGGAGGGACUGCCUUUAUAGUAAUCCCAGCCCCACUUACGGAGCAUACAGAUUUCUGCAGGUUUUUUUCAGGCAAAAUUAUAUAUUAUCGCUAGGGAGUCUAUAGAAUGGGAUAACCAACUCCUGGCACGUUUUGUUUUUCUUAUCAUUCUUAAACAGUGAAACAUACAAUCAUAAACAAUGUGGAAAUGUGUGUCUCCAAUUAGUAGUAGAAUAAACAGUAAUAGUUGCUACCACAAUAAAAUAGGGGCUCUCUUCCCUAUAAAUUGGUACAUAGAACAGGUGUACACACAGUGCAGGAAAAUACAAUAAUAGUAGAGACCACCACUGGUGUAUAUGUGGAGCGCUUAAAAGUAUACAAGCUUACCCUUAUCCUUAUAGGUUGGCAUACAUAUGUAUGGUAAACGUAUCGCAAUAUAAUGUAUCUGAAAUAGAUAUAAAUACAAAUAGUGCAAGUAAUGUAUGUACUAGAUCCGGUGCAUGAAUGAUCUAUAUGGUUUCACUCACAUAUAUCAGAGCCCUAUAGGAUAGGCUCAGGUCUCAAAGGCUUGCGGGUACUUAGGGUGACACGGUACCCAUUCGGUCCUUCUAUCUUCACAAAGUCCUUAAACAUGCAUAUGAGACAAGAAAAGGAAAAACAGGGGAAGCAAAAUGCCCCUAGUGUAAUAAAUUCCAGUACUUAGUACAUAUAAUGGAAGAAAAAUGGCUUCUCAUCUGAUGAGGAGUAAUACCUGGCUCCUGGUGUAAUGCUAUCUGUGCCUUUAAGGGGGCUACAACCCUUCUUUAAGCAGCAAGGCAGGAGAUAGAUUCCAAAUAAAACAAAAUGUAUUAAUAUAAGUAUUAAAAAAAACUUACAAAUGAAAAAAGAACAAUAAAUGUUAAAAAUACAAAGUGGAAUCUCCAGUCUUCCUGCCGAAACGCAUUUCGCUGUACUGUGACAGCUUUCUCAGUCGAUAAUGUGCCUGCUGCUAUUCAUUGUUUAAAUAUCUUGAUCUUUCCUCUCCUCCUCCAAUCAGCUCCCGAAAUUGUCCCUGCUGAUUGUGUGCAGUUGAGUCCGUGGAUGUAACCUAUGUUCUAGUCACGGAGCGCCCCACAUGACCCAUGACGUCACGUAUCACAUCACAAAUUGGGCGUGUUUUCGGACCUGUAUUGCUAGAUCUUUGCCGUCCAUAUUUAAGUUGGGCAAAUGCCCAUUCUUUACAAAAUACCUACAAGUCCGUUUAUAUUACAGCAACUCAAUGCAAAUAUAUACAGACCAAACAUUAGAAGGAGAAAAGGAAAUGUAUUAGUAAUCCUUUAUAUCGAACUAAUUCAUUUUACUGUGCAAUUCACAAUCAUUGUAUUUCACAGUCCAGUGUUUUGACAUUUAAAGUGCCAGUGCAUCUAUUCAAAAUUAAGUGUAAGGUGAAACCCACCUAAAAAUAAGUGCCAGUGUGAACCAAUAGUUACUGUAGAUGUCAUCCAAAUGCCAUGAUGAUAUAGAAGCUAAUAUAAAUAUAUAUAUAUAUAAUCAGCUAUGCAUCAGGUGAGAAGCCAUUUUUCUUCCAUUAUAUGUACUAAGUACUGGAAUUUAUUACACUAGGGGCAUUUUGCUUCCCCUGUUUUUCCUUUUCUUGUCUCAUAUGCAUGUAUAAGGACUUUGGGACGAUAGAAGGACCGAUUGGGUACCGUGUCACCAUAAGUACACGCAAGCCUUUGAGACCUGAGCCUAUCCUAUAGGGCUCUGAUAUAUGUGAGUGAAACCAUAUAGAUCAUUCAUGCAUCAAAUCUCGUACAUAUGUUACUUGCACUAUUUGUAUUUAUUUCAGAUACAUUAUAUUGCGAUACGUUUACCAUACAUAUGUAUGCCAACCCAUAAGGGUAAGCUUGCAUACUUUAUACAAUCAUAAAAGCUACAUUAGAUUUUCUGUGGUGAUUUGUCUCCCUCAUCCCCUCCUCCUGGUUCGUGCACCCAUGCUUGCAAGGUGCCAGCUGUCAGUGAACCUCAGCUCAUAAACAGUUUGACAGAUUAUUAGCGGAUGGCCCAUGAGGACUCAUGGCAACACAAUGUCACUUUAAAAAAUAUAAAUAAUAAUAAGCAUAUUUUUUAAUUUGUCCAAAAGACCGUGCACACACCAUAGAUUUGUUUAUUGGUUUUAAAACAAUAUCACAUGCUUUCUAUAAGCAGACAUUUUCAUGUUCCCACUAUCAGUCCCACAAACACACAAUCAAGCUUGUUUCCCUCUGCAUUUCCCCAGGCACUUAUACACCCAUCUAUUGCUGCGCUCACUUCAGUGAUUUGUAACUUGCCAAAAACUUUACUUAGUGACUGGAACAAAAAAUGUUUUAUUUUGUGAACUACUGCUACUCUGUUAGUGACUGGAAUAUUAACUCUGUCUUCUGUAGUCCAUUAUCAGCAGCAUUGCGUGAGCAGCCUUUAUAAGCCAAAGUUUGAUGUUUCCAUUCUAUAAAAUACCCAGGUUAUUGCAUAACAUUGGUUAUUUUUAUCACAACAACAAAAUGGUUAAAAUUUAUUUUUAAAGCCAAUUUGAGAUAUCACUGGUAACAGGCAAAGUAGAUAUAGACCAUAUGCCUGAAAAUACCAAUAGUAGAACAGUGACCAUCAUUAUAUCCAUAUGAUCUGUUUGCACCGUAAGAAGCUUCUUGACAAGUGUUAUCAUCAUGCAAAUAUUCAGUGAAAAACAGUGAUUUGUAAUUUUCAUUCUUAUCUUCCAAUUAGUUGUUGGGGAGAUCCAUUGACCUGAACAGACUAAUCACUCAGAGGAUCUCAGCUGCCAUGUAUAAAUCUCUGGAUCAGGCAAUCAGUCGCUUUGAAAGUGAGGACCUGACCUCCAUCGUGGUGAGUCCUGCCACUGUCAAUAAGCUACAGUGCUUAGGGUGUUUCUUAGAUUUUCUAUCUCUUUUCAUUGUAGAUAUAGGGAUUACAAUGGAGCAAGGGUGUAAAUACUAGCAUGUCUGGUCUACAACUGCUCUGAAACCAUAUGACAGGCAAAUAAUUAUAGGAUUUGUAGCUCAAAAGAAUUGUGGUUCAACACCACUGCAACAGAUUGUCUAAACAGAGAGAUCACAGAGGAACCUACCUGGGGUCCAUACUAAAAUAUUAUUGGGAGUUCUUAUCUAUUCAGUGAUGCACGCUCACAUUUACACAAAGACCCCUCCUAAUGACAUCUCAGCCUAAAGGAAUUUCCAAGCAUUGAAUAUUUUAAUCCCUGGAUUGAAAUCUAAAAUUAAGUCCCUAAACUAUGUUUUAUGGGUCACCGAUGGUUGGCAUGAUACAUCUUACUUAUUGGAACCCAGAACGCUGCCUAAAAUAUAUAUCUGCCCCUGGUAAAAGCCUAAAGAAUGUGUUUUGCUGAAUUAGUUUUAAUAUAUAUCAUAUUACCAAACUGAGCUAUUUCUACAACUGAAGAAUGAGCCAACAACUUAAUGCCGUGGACAUCAUUUUGCUCACUUCCACAAAACGUUAAGAUGCACUGGUUUAUAAAAUAUCCUAAACAGCUACAUCAACACCUACAAAUAUUUGUAAGAUGUGAAAAAAACAUUUUGGCAAUAUAUUAGCUUUGUAAAAGAAUGUAGGCUGUAAGCAAUGGUUUGCUUUUUCUCCAUUUAAUUUCUUCCUUAAUGGAAAACUUUGUGGAGUUUCAAUCCAGGUUGAGGGCACAUUGAGUUGCAGCAUACUCCAGUGCUGUGUGUUUGUGAAGCAGGGAAGUUAAAUAGUUGCUGUAAUAGACAGUGGUCUCCCACUCCUCUUCACACACUAGAUGACCUAACAUGGAAAGUACGUAGGAAUUAUGGUGAUUUUUUUUUAGGGAGGCUGAAAAUAGUCAUGAAUGGUGCUCUGUAAUUUCAUACUCAAGUUCCAUCUUUUCAAAAAUCUGAUUUCCGGAUAAAGGUAACACCUGAGCCAACCUUUUUUUUUUUUUUUUUUUUAAACUCCUUGCAAUGUCUUUUAAUUUUAGGAAUUGGAAUGGCUUCUUGAUAUUAAUCGGCUGACUCACCGCCUACUCUCCAAGCACCUGACCCUGGACAGUUUUGAUGCUAUGUUCCGAGAAGCCAAUCAUAAUGUUUCAGCUCCCUAUGGGAGAAACACACUACAUGUCUUCUGGGAGCUCAACUUUGAUUUUCUGCCAAACUACUGCUACAAUGGCUCAACAAACAGGUAAGUCUCAGCACCCAAAUUUGGGGUAUUCGUGGUGAAUUGUCCAUGUUGAAAAUACACAAAACAUGAUUGUUAAAUCUUGGGGAGUAUCUUUUUUCUACAUUUACAAGUUAAUGAUGUUUAAAUAUCAGAAAAUAAUUUUGGUUUAGAUUGUAGGGUCUGGUGUAAUUUUUUUAAGGAUUUGGAACUGAAUAAUGCCACCUAAUGGUAAAAUAACUGUAAAAUAUCUUAUUCAAAAUGCUUACAGACUCCCACAUUCUCAGUGAGAAAUCAGUGUAUUGCUGUUAUGCAAAUAUAUUUAAAUAGAACUCUGUGUCCCAGAUGAGUCAAACACAGAUAAAUUCCAGUAUUGUCAAGGACUAUAAAGCCCAAUGCUAUUGUUUUAAGUUGAGAUAGCUCCAGUGCUCAUGCUGUGCUCUUGAAAACUGAUCAUUAAAUAUUUAGUCUGUCCUUUAAUUUGUUUCCUUUUAACUCAGUAGUCUUUGAAGCAAAUCUUAUGUUAAAUCUAAAGGUGGACUUAUCGAUAGCCGCUCCUCAGAGAAAAUUAGCAACAUCUGUAGCCUAGAAAUGUGAUGGUCUAAACCAGUUCUCAUGUAAUAUCUAAAGGUUUCAUCCAUAUCCCAUUGAAAAAGAAAUGAUAAAUUCUUAACUGCUGGAGUAUCAGUGCAUCAGAACGUGUGUGACUUAGAGAAUGUAAUUGUACCAGUGCAUAUUUUGUGGGUAGUGUUCCCAGCCUCGCCGAUGUACAGGAUACUUUGGGGCUGGAAGUGAGUCUUAUAACACUGACCAUUCCAGUCCAGCCCCUUCUAAAGCUGCACACGUGGAAAUGCCAAGUUGCAUGCAACAUCAGUUAAACGUAUUGUAUGAUUUGUGGUGAAUUUAACCCCUUAAGGACACAUGACAUGUCUGACAUGUCAUGAUUCCCUUUUAUUCCAGAAGUUUGGUCCUUAAGGGGUUAAAGCUGCAGGCAGUCCAAUGCACUCCUGUUGUAUUUAACACCAGUACUAAACCCUUAUACCCUGUAUAGCUCUCUAUAAGUUAACAAUUAUACCCUGUAUAGCUCUCUAUAAUGCUUUCAGUAUUUGAUCAGUUACAUACAAAUCAAGUGCUCUGCUUUAACUCGUGAUUUUACUAUGCUGCUCUCUGGUUCCUCAUUCAAUCUUGCCAUUUUUUUUUUGGUAGGAGUACUGUGUGUGGGGGGGUAGGGGUACUGUGUGUGGGGGGUAGGGGUGCUGUGUGUGUGGGGCUGGGGUAAAGGUGUUUUACAAAAAAUAAGUAUGUUAAAUCAGUAUUCCCCCCCCUCCCUCCUUCUUACCUUUAAUGAAGGAGGGGGGGACACAGCCAUCCCUGGUGGUCCGGUGGUGGCAAGCACUGCUUCCGUGUCGGGAGGCAGGGGGAAGGAUCUGUGAAGCAGCUGCCCAUCCUCCCGCGCGAUGCGUGGCAACGCUGCACACAGCUUGCUCGCGGGAGGACAGGGGAGCUACUUCACAGAUCCCUCCCCCUGCCUCCCGACACGGAAGCAGAGUAGGCGCCUGCCGUUUUGGGCAGGCAGGUGCCUACUCUGCAUUGAUGGCGAACCUAUGGCCGCGUGCCCACAGAAAGGGCCCGGCGUGCCACCUGUGGCACGCGUGCCAUAGGUUCACCAUCACUGGCCUAGGGGAGUCUUCGGUUACACCGAGCCAAUCUAAGGACUAAGGUCUUGCUGUAACACACUUCUGUCUAGAUAAUGGAGUUUACCUUGUUUCAGCUUAGUACCCAUUAUGAAUACACAAAGAAGUAAGAAAGCAUGUUGUUUGGAAAUGUACUGACUUGGGAACACUAUAUGGUACUUUAUUUGUAUUGAAAGAAUGCACGGGCUGAUGAAAUCAUUCCUGCUUUUUUCAUUUUGGUAUCAUAUUUCUAGGUUUGUCCGUACUGCAAUUCCCUUCACACAGGAGCCACAAAGAGAUAAACCUGCUAAUGUCCAGCCGUAUUACCUGUAUGGGUCAAAGGUCAGUGAAUCUAAUAGUCUUUAAGAAACCUAAUCACUAAGCCUGGUAUUGUAUUACGAGGCCUACCAUGUUUAACCAGAUCUUCUAGAGCAGGGGUUCCCAAAAGGUAGAUCAUCAGAUGUGGCAGAACUUCAAAUUCCAUGAUGCUUUGCAUACCUUUGAAAAUGGUUUUUGAAUGACAAAGCAUCAUGGAAGCUGUAGUUUUAAGACAUCUGGGCAUCUACCUUUUGGGCACUCCUGUUCUAGAGAUACCAGAUUGCCAUUAGGCUUUUACAUCUGUAGGUAAACGCUAUACUUACUAAGGUUAAAUGCAUCAAUGUGAUCUAGUCUGAUUUUGUACAUGUUUGUUGCUUGUAAAAUAUUGUUCACAGGCAGCUUAAAUAUUGACUGUUGGUUGUCAUUUCACUUCAAGUCCUUAUUUACUGAGUAGAUAUGUUGAUGUUUCUAUUUUCGCUGUCUUAGUAAUUACAUUUUCAUGUAAUAUCUAACUUGGUAUUGCAGAAUCUUGAAAAACAUUUACGAGAACAUAAUUUGGAGCAAUGGGCUUUUAUGAGCAUUCCUGAAAGCUUGUUGUGUCGAAAUAUUUUAUUUAAUUGUAUAUGAUAUAAUGUAUCUCUAUAAACCUGAUUGUGUUUAAAAAAUAUUCUUUUCCUCUGGUCCUUUUUCCUACAGCCACUCAAUAUUGCUUACAGCCACAUAUAUAGCUCAUAUAGGAAUUUUGUGGGACCUCCUCACUUCAAAACAAUUUGCCGCCUGCUAGGGUACCAGGGAAUUGCAGUGGUGAUGGAAGAGCUUCUUAAAAUCGUUAAGAGCCUGGUGAGAAGGGAGUGAAAUGAGAGCUCAUGUGUAAAGGAGGGAGGCUUUAUGAAUGGAGAUGCCAUUAUCUGAAAUGGAGUGCAAGUAAUCACAGAAUGUAUGACUCAGUGGGCUCUGUUUUAUCUCUGCAGAAGGAAAAUGGCUAUUUAGUCAUCAGUGAUAAGCUAAUCUUUGGUAAUUAAAUCCAGCUCAUUGAGUGAUACAGACUGUGAUGUUUAUUAUAAAUUAGAUCAAAACUGACUAAGUAUACAGUAUAUACACAAAUUAAGAUAGCAGAUAUAAACAAAUGGACUUGUCUGUUAUGUCCAUAGUUAAAGGCACACUAAGCAACAAAACAUCCUUAGUUAAUGAAGCAGUUUUGGUGUAUAGAUAAUUUUUUGCAGUCUCACUGCUAAACUAGAAGUUAAAUCAACCUUUUUAUGAAGCCCUUGGCACUGACACAAUCUGAAAAAGAAAACCAAUUUUUUAAACGUAAAUUGCUAAAGUAAGCACACGGUGCUGUAAAUUUAGUUUGAAAAGUAAACAAUCUUUUUCGUGGAGGCUGUGUAAGUCACAGUCAGGGGAGGUGUGGCUAGGACUGCCACAACUAGGACUAGGACUUGGAAUGAUAGGUUCAAACGAGCUUACAGUCUAUAUGCUUAUCUAUCACAUAAACAGCAAGUUUGUGUGUAGACAGCUAAAAAUAAAGAUGCCAAAUAUGCUGCUUCUUAGUAUGUAUAAGGAAACUGAGUUGCUGAAUUAAGAAAAUUAGAUUAAUUAAAUAAAAAUAAUUUUAACAUUUUAUGUUAUAUGGACAUAGUGUCCAUGUGGAAUAAGUACAAUUGCCUAGCUCAAUCAUCCAAUUGAAAACCUCAUGUAAUGGAGGGAAUUCAACUCUGCAUAAUGCUGUGAGUAAAGAAAUGCAUUCAUUAUUGGAGAUUGUGAAUGUUUAUAAAUGAUGUACUGGGUGCAGUACACUGUAGGCACCCAGACACUAUAGGCACCCAGACCACUUAAGCAUAUUGAAGUGGUCUGAGUGCACUGUCCCUAUUGCACUGUUUACAUUGCAGCACUAAGCCUGCCUCCAGUGGCUUUGUCCCAGACAGCCACUGGAGGUGCUUCCUGGAUCCUAAUGGACCUUUGUUCCAGUAACUCUGCAUGAGGACAUCCAGCAUUAGAUUUUCCCCCAUAAGAUGUCACUGGACAUCGGAGGAAGCGGGGCCGUGACCCAGCACUGAGGGACAUCGGUGCUGGGGUAUGGUAAGUAAAUAAAUGGUUUUUAACCCAUUAUUUACUGCAGUGGUGAUGUGCCUGUGAUGGGGGAGGCAAGGGGAGCUAUAGUGCCAGGUAUACAGCUUUGUAUCCCUUAAACCUUUUUUUUUUUUUAAAAACAUGAAAAAUAAAUGAUUGCAAAUCAAUGGUCUGCCAAAAGGUAAAUGUAGUGUAGAGAUCUAGACUUUUUAACAUACAGAAGUUUCAAGCAAAGUUGGUUUGACUGUUUUACUUUUUAGCACUUUCCACCUAUAAAUGUCCCUCAUUGUGUCAUUGAACAGUUUGAUUUUCUUGUCACUUGCAGCUGCAGGGAACCAUUCUCCAGUAUGUCAAAACACUUAUUGAGGUCAUGCCAAAAAUCUGUCGGCUGCCACGUCACGAGUACGGAUCUCCUGGUAAGUCUGAAAAGGAACAUAAAGUGGAUGGAGUAAUAAAAAUAAAACCAAAUCCAAACGGUCUGUUUUCCAGUGGUCUUUUUUUUUUUUUAUUCAUUCCAUAAAUUGCAAAAUUGGUUAUUUAUGUUAUUUAUGAGAGCUCAUGUGUUAUUUAUGUUGGUUAAAAUUGGUUAUUUAUGUUAUUUAUGAGAGCUCAUGUGUAAAGGAGGGAGGCUUUAUGAAUGGAGAUGCCAUUAUCUGAAAUGGAGUGCAAGUAAUCACAGAAUGUAUGACUCAGUGGGCUCUGUUUUAUCUCUGCAGAAGGAAAAUGGCUAUUUAGUCAUCAGUGAUAAGCUAAUCUUUGGUAAUUAAAUCCAGCUCAUUGAGUGAUACAGACUGUGAUGUUUAUUAUAAAUUAGAUCAAAACUGACUAAGUAUACAGUAUAUACACAAAUUUUUUAUUUUUUAUAUUUUUAUAGUUUUUAUAGUCUACCGGAUCUCUUAUAUUACACAUCAUAUCAUAUACUUCCUCAUCCCUUCCCAUUCCAUGUAAUAGAUAAUAUUAUUUCUGGUAGCUUCCCUUUCCAGGCUGUCAGUUUGUUUUUUGCCAGCUCUUUAACAUUGAUCUUUCUGCACUGAAUCAGGGAUACUGGAGUUCUUUCAUCACCAGCUGAAGGAUAUUAUAGAGUAUGCAGAGCUAAAGACUGAUGUUUUCCAGAGCCUCCGAGAGGUGGGAAAUGCAGUACUCUUCUGUCUGCUUAUAGAGCAAGCUCUGGUAAGGAACACACAGUCUUUGAGAUGAGUGCACGAUACAAUACAUGUUAUCCUUCAUUAUAAUAUCCAUGUGUAUGCAAUGAAUGCAGUUUCAGGUAUGUGUAUAAUGUAAUCUCUACAUAUGUUAGUUAAUACUGUAUAGACUGAAUUAUACAAUUUAUCCAAAACACACCUUUAACAUUUACAGUGACAGUGCCUCUGUAAAAAGUCAGACAUGAAAUAAAAUAAAACAAUAAGGGCUUGUUGCUUAUAAUUACCGGAUUUCUAUCUCUACUUUUAGAGAGUAGAAGCUGGUUACUAACUGCAAAAUUGUAACAGCAGUGACAGGAAUUUACCAGUAGCCAAUUCUCGAAAGCCGGUAGCUAAGUAACGUUUACUGGCUCCUAUUAUUUUCUAUGGAAGCAGCUUACCACUAUUUAGGGGCAGCUUUCUGAUGGUUGGUUUCCAACUUUGUCACUGUUCAUUGUUGGCUACCAUUAACUUUAAAGGCUUCUGGCUUGGUGUAGAGAGGUUAACCACAUAAAUUAUUACUUAAUAUUGAAGCAAAAAGUAUUUUUCCAACCUUGUUGCUAAAGUUUACUUACCUGUUACUACCAGCCACACAGGGUGAAGUGCCCAUACUCAGGUGUGUGUUUAUCAGUAAGUCGGUAAUAUGCCCUGGUUGACAUCUGUAGGGAAAGCUGAUAGGCUACAUAAAUUUGGAAACCUUGUGGUAAUUUGUAGCUGCAAUACCAACUAUUGUUAGUAGCGACAGUUUAUGAUUGAUUGCUGUUUCCCCACAAGACCUAAUGCCAUAUUAUAUUUUUCUUGGACUCUGUGUUGCCAUUGAACCUGGCAGGAAAAGUAGCAAAUGCUAUAUCUUUCUGCAAAAUUUAAAGAGACACUAUAGUCACCAAAAUAACUAUGGCUUGAUGUUGUUGUUCUGGUGAAUUUGUCAGUCCAUGCAGACCUUUAGCUGUAAAAACUGCCUUUUCAGAGAAAAGGCAGUGUUUACAUUGCUCCCUAGGGACACCUCCAUUGGCAGGGUUUACAUUGCAGUCGCUCAGACGACCCCUAGUGAUGCUUUCCGGGUGUCCAGCACUGACAUUCAGCAUCUCCACGCUUUGCAUGGAGAUGCUGAACUUUCCCCAUAGAGAUGCAUUGCUUCAAUGCAUCUCUAUGAGGAGAUGCAGAUUGGUCAACUCAGCGUUUUGCCACACAUGUGCGAUAGUCUCCAAAUGCUUUCCUAUGGGAAAAUAAUGGAUUAGCUGUAAUCAUCUCUGGAGCUGGAGUGUGGGCGGAGCCAGCAGCAGCAGUCUUGCACAGCGCCGGUUAAAGGCAAGUUCUAACCCUAUUAAAGAGGGGCAUGGGGGAGAUGGCAGACUCUUAAAAUGUUUUUUUAACACUAUAGUGUCAGGAAUACAAAAAUAUUCCUUUUAUUACAGUCACAGCUCUACCGAGUUUCUCUAUUGAAUUCAAAAGGGUGUUCAUAUAGGCCAUGAAGUUCACUUGGCAAGUCCAUCCUAUUUGUCUUCCUAACGAUAAUUGUGUAUAAACCAAUAACACCCAGCUUUCCAAACUCUAGUCUUUGAAGACAUCUUUGAGUAUUGUACAUGGUUCACUUUAUCUAAUGGUCACUUCUUUAUCCUUGUCUUUUUGUAUUCCAGUCUCAGGAGGAAGUCUGUGACCUUCUUCAUGCUGCACCCUUCCAAAACAUUUUGCCACGUGUCUACAUCAAAGGCAAGUCAUGGUGGUGAUUUAAAAGAAUCAGCAAACUGUUGAGGUUAUCACGUGACAUUUUAUACUGGUUAUUGGUUAUCACAAUGUCAUUUCAUGUCCUUCCCAUGUUGUUCUCUGUUUUUUAGAGGGCGAACGAUUGGAGGUGAGGAUGAAACGACUGGAAGCCAAGUAUGCCCCUCUCCAUCUGGUUCCAUUAAUUGAAAGGCUGGGAACUCCACAGGUAUAUAUAUAGAUAUAUCUUACUUUUUGGAAGAUUACUGUUUGACUGACAAUAAACAUUUUUGUAAUUCCAUGGACAGACAGAACAAUAACAUAAAAGACAAAACUGGCAAAUUCCAUCCCCAGGGCAAAAAUAACCAAAUGACCCAGUAGGACAAUGACAUAAAACACCGCAACCUCCUUCAGUAAGCUGAAUGCACUCUGGCCAAGUACUUCAAACACACAUGGACAAUAGUCAAAACUGAAGAGCUAUGGAGAUAACCACAGAAAUGAUCUUGUUAUAUUUUAAGUGUCCACCAUGAGGACUUCUUGCCUAGAUUAUGGUGCUAAAAGCAUCUAUGUCAUGUGAGCACAGAGCAGCGUAUAACUGUAUCCAUCUGCAGAAGCCUGCUUCUUCUGUGCCUGAUGUCUUAAGACAAAGCUAUAUUCGGUGCUGUGUCUGUCCACAUAUCUGAGCAGUGUAUGCACAUUAUACAAGUCAACAGUAACACAGUACUUUCUUCACCUUCCUUAGGGUUUACCCCAGAAUGAUAUUUUUAAUUUUUUUAUUUUUAGAAAUAAACCUCUUUAGGUUUUAGAAUAAAACCAAUGACUGAUCUUACAUAUGGAUGUGUUGCUCAAUAAGUAUCUGUAAAAAAUAAACAAUGAAUUAAGUAGAUAUUUACAAAUAUAGAGAAGCAGUUUAAGAGGAAAGAUUUUAUUUAUAUUAUAUUUUAUUUUCAAAAAUACCUCCCUUUCAAAGGUUAAUUACCACAUUAAAAAUUAACCUAUUAUUUGGUCCAUAAGAAUUUAGUUUUUGUGGUAUUUGUAAAACAAUUUACAAAACUAAAGAAGUGUUUCACAUGUGUCAUAAGCAAUUUCUACAUAAUAAUAACAGUACAUUAAAUUACCAGGAAGUGCUGACUGACGCACAGGUCUCUGCUCCUUAAUAAAGGAACUCUCCAAAGACCAUAAUCACUAUGAAGCACUAAAGUUAUUAUGGUGCAUAAGUGUCCUGUCACCCCCCCAGUCUAAGUAGUCAUACCAUUUGGAAAUGGUUUGACAAUUUACAUUUAAGACAACAUUCUAGGAUGUUUAAAUACAAACAGACAUAGUAAAUCAGGAGUAUAGCAAGGGAGUAAAUGCCAGGUAUACCCAGUGUACUGGAACAUAAGAGCAAAGAAAAUCACUGGAAAAUGAAAACAACUUAACCUUUAAUAGAUUCUAGUUAAAAAUAUAAUAUAACUCAUAUACUUAUACCAUCACCAUAGUUUUAAAACAAAAUUUCUUUCUUCUAAUUUUCAUUGUUCUUAUCUUUCAGUACACAGGGUAUAUCGGGCAUAUACUCCCUUGCUAUACUACAGAUCCAGCUAUUUUGAAGUAAAAUUUGAAAUUCACUUUGAAUUCACCAUGAAUUCUCAUUUUAGUGAAUAACCCUGUUAUGACUUGUUAGCUACUGACAGACCAGUGACUGAGGGAAAACAUGAAAAAUCAAUGUCCUCUUUUUGUACCAUUGAUAUUUCAAUGGAAAUAUAAUUCAUGAUCCACAGAUUUGUACUCUCUCACAUAUUUUCUCUAAGCAAAUUGCCAUUGCUCGUGAAGGAGACCUUCUGACCAAAGAGAGAUUGUGUUGUGGCCUUUCCAUGUUUGAAGUCAUCCUGACUCGAAUCCGCAGCUACCUGCAGGACCCCAUCUGGCGAGGACCACCCCCCACCAAUGGCGUAAUGCAUGUGGAUGAAUGUGUAGAGUUUCACCGGCUCUGGAGUGCCAUGCAGUUUGUAUAUUGCAUCCCUGUGGGAACCAACGAGUUUACAGCGGAGUGAGUCAGUGGUCUUUUUGUGAUAUCGUGCAUGCAUCACUUGAAUAUUAUGCAGACAAAUAAUUUUCUGUUUCAUUUUAUUUUUGUUUAAUUUCAUUAACUUAUGCUUGUUUACUUCAGCAAUGCUGUUCCAUGCAUUAAGCAUUUAUGUGUUUUUCUCUACCUUAUGCGAAAAGCUCAACUUAUUCAGCAGUAAAAAGAUAUAUUGUAUCAUAAUAGUUAAUAUAGUCAAAGUCAGUAGCCUUUUGAAUAUUGGUAAGACUCAUAUAAUACGCUUUUUAUUUUGAUAUUUGUAUUGUUAAACUCAGUUUCUUCUUUCAACAAUUCAUUUACUUUUUUUCUUUCUAGUACCUGAUUACUAGGCCACUGCUAUUCCUUCACUAUACGUUUUGUUCUGUUACGUAUUCAUUAUUUUACAUUCAUUCUUCUAUAAGUUAAUGCAUUUCUUGGCACUUUUUUCUGUUACCUCCUCUGCAGGCAGUGCUUUGGUGACGGGUUAAACUGGGCAGGUUGCGCCAUCAUUGUACUUCUGGGACAACAGCGCCGCUUUGAUCUCUUUGACUUCUGCUACCAUCUACUGAAGGUGCAACGCCAGGAUGGGAAAGAUGAAAUCAUAAAGAAUGUGGUGAGUUUGUGCCCUAACUGCAUUGCAACAUUUCUCUUACCAAACACCCUUACCUCUUUGUACUUCUACGAAAGAAAUAGAUAAAGAUAGAUAGAUAGACGGACAGACAGAAAAUCUCUCGAUAAUGAGUUCAAAUAUGUGUGAAAAAUCCAUGAGCAUCUCCAAAAUAGUUUUUGCCACUAUCAUUUCAAGAAAAUAAAAUGUACUUUUGAUGUGUGUACGUGUGAAAAUUGGAAACAUAAAAAAAAUUAGAUGGUUUUUAAGAAGUAAUUCCUGAAACUUUUACAAAUCAAAAAAGAUUAACUCAAUCUCACGAAACAAACCAUAAAUAAAUGUUGUUAUAAAUAUAUAUAUAUAUAUAUAUUGUUAACACAAAGUUAAACAAAAAUCUGUACACCAGUUGAGCCAUAAGACUUGCUUUUCCCUCAGAAAUCACAAAUCUGCAGUGAUAUUACUACAACAAAGGAUUCUGGGUAGGCAUAUGCAAAUUAGUUUAACAAAGAAUCACAUUUUUGCCUCAUUCCAUUUUAAACAUGGAUUCAUUUGAGUCUGUGUUUGCUGUAUAAAACAGCUUUGAAACACAACUUGGGUAAAGAUGCAAAACCAGUGAACCACUCAUGGACAGCUGUUUCAUUGUUAAUGCAAAUCAUCAGCAUGAGGUUGGUAACUGGUUUGCCUGUUGAGGCUUGGUCUUAUGGCUUGACUGUUGUGCAGCUUAUUGUUUAACAUUGUAUUAACUAUCCAGUAACUAAACAGCAACUUUAACGUUCACAGAUUUUCAUUUUUUUUAAUUAAUUUAUUUUUUAGAAACACCCAAUCAAGGCAAAAAUAAUGGGAUUUAGUUACAUUACAUGAUCAUACAUUGCAUAAGCCUGCCACAACGUCAAUGUACCCCAUCUUUGGCAGGUCCUUCUCUAACAGCCUAAUAUCUGCUCUUAUGAUAUUAAUCCACUUGCUUGGGGAAAAAAUCCAUCUGGGGCUCUCUGCAGUACAAGGCUAAACAGGGCCCUGAGAUGAGACACCUGUGACAUAUGUGUGUAUAUAUAUUUUUAUAUAUAUAUAUAUAUAUAUAUAUAUAUAUACACACACACAGUUGUCCUCGGCACUCUUCCUUAAAUAUAUAUUGCCUCGGUGCUACCAGCGUUCAGUAUAUAUCCAUUAAGAGAGGUGCACUCACGGGUCUUUGCAAAGAAAAGUAUCGUUUAUUCACUCACUUGAAAAAGACCCCGAAGGGUCGAAACGUUGGGACAAUUGGAUUAUAUUGAGUGAAUAAACUAUAAUUUUCUUUGCAAAGACCUGUGAGUGCACCUCUCUUAAUGGAUGGAUAUAUAUAUAUAUAUAUAUAUAUAUUUUACUAGGAGGUAAAAAGUACAAGUGAAAAAGAUUUCCCCAAAGUGCAAUAAAGUAGAAACAUAAUUUGACUUAUCUAUAAAAAUUGAAAUGUCAAAUUAUACAAAAUAUUUCAUUUAAAAGCAGUCAUCAAUAACAUCCAUGGUUAUUAAUUCGAAAUGUCAAAUAACAUGACUUGUGUGCCUUCAAUUAAACCACCUACCAUGUGUAAAAAUUUCCUAGAAAAGUUCACUAAUAAAGCCUAAAUUUAAUAAUAGUUCAUUAAUAUGUUAAUUUGUUUUUACAGCCUCUGAAGAAGAUGGCAGACCGAAUUCGGAAAUACCAGAUUCUAAACAACGAGAUUUUUGCUGUUCUAAACAAAUACAUGAAAUCAGUAGAAAGCGAUAGUUCCACAGUAGAACAUGUUCGUUGCUUCCAGCCACCCAUUCACCAGUCACUGGCCACUACCUGCUGAAUAGCAUGCAAGGACAUAGUGUGAGACGUGGAUCAGUGACAAAUCCCAUGUUGUUGUGGUGCAUGUGUGUUCAGUUGUCACCAUACAGUUACAUGGCCUACGACGACAGAAGCAUCAGGACAGUGAUGGGGCAUAGCCACGUUAAAGGGUGUUGAUUCACCUCUAAGCAGUACUCAGGAGAUUACUGGGAUUAAAAUCAACAUGGCAAGUCUCAUAAAUGUGAUGCAAUCUGCACAGUGACAAUGGUUUUAUAUUGGUUUUAAAGUAUUUUAAGUAUUUUGCUCUACAACGGGCAUUAGCCCAGUGCUCUUGAACCUUACCGGGAACAAUCUGUGUCAUACCGGGAAUUAGGUGUAUGGCUGACUUCAAAACUUCCAUCCCCAUACAUUUGUUCUAUAUUCCUAUUUAUUGUAACUCUGUACUAUGUUGUGUUUUUUUCUGCUCACAGAGAAUCUUGCCAUUUAACCCAGGGUGGCGAUCAAUCCAAGGUGAUCCUAAGAACAUUUAUUAUAGAUGUCAUUAUUAUCCGCCCCAAAAGAGAAGCUAAGAUAAUAUAUUUUGAGGCAGAAAGGAUACUUGAACAGGUUGUGGUAUAGGAGAAGCUAUAUGACACAUACAAACCCUUCGACCCUUUAAAAAGAGCAAAUAUAUAUUGAACGUCAUUGAAAAUUAUAGCUCUGGUUUUAUGUAUUCUUACUGAGUGUAUACAUUCAAUGCCCAGCUGCGCACAUCGGCAAAAAUUAUCCAAAAUAAAUUAAAACAACCACCAUCAAAUUUUAUAUAUUUCUAUUGGAAACCUAUAAUUGAGAUAAGUUAUCAAAUAGUGGCAUUUCAUUUUACUGUACAUCUCAUAACUUCAAUUGUGUAAUUUAUCAUUAUUUGAUGUAAUAUUUAUACUAUAUAAUUCAGAUCCCUUAAUGCACAUACAAUAAUAAGGGUUACUCUGUAUUGCAAUCUGUAAAUUUGGCAAGGAGUUGCAGUUUUAUUCACCAAACAUUCAAUUGUGGGAAAUUGAACAUUCAGUCUGGAAAAUUAGGGUCAAAAUGGACUGUUUUGACCUGAAUUAUGCAUAUUGAGUUUUCAGUGUUUAUCACGCCAGUUAGAAUAAAAAUUUUAAUCAACAGCUCAUUCUAAAAUCUCCUAAAUAGUUUUUGGGUUGAAAUGUCAAACCAUAAUUGAUUACUAAGAAGUGGUACUGUACUAGUGGAAAAUGCAGAGAACGGAAAAGGGAACCCAGUAUUGUAUUCAAAUUGAAGUUUUGGAUUUAAUAUUAAUUAAUAAAGGUACACAUUAUGGAAACUUUUUCUUUCUUCAGUUUCCCUCAGUUCCAUGUAUAAUCUAAAUGUAUUUGCUAAAAAGGUGCAUAAAGUUUCAAAUGGAAUGGCAAAAAAAAACUUGCAUUUCUCUUGUCCCCAGAUAUGAAGUGAGACUAGCUUUGACCAAUUUCUGGGUAUAUUGCUCUUUCUAUUUAAGACCCUAUGAUUUUUGAUGGAUCUAUGUAAAUAACCCUGAUAUUGUCAUUUAAUAAAUUGACAUGUUAAAAAUGA